CAGCUUUAAAUCUCGCACCAAAAGCAAAGCACUAUUACAUGAAAGGCAGCUCCUGCUUGUUUUACAUUGGGGGAAACCUAGCCUAGUGACUGUCAGAGAUUCCUGUUCUCCUGUCUAACACAAGCCUGUAAAGAUGAAGUUAUCUGCCUCCCUGCUGCUGGUACUACUGCUAAGGUGCUGUGAUAUGAGUCUGAGCACCUUCAAGAAAGCUGUGGAGAGCCCAGGGAAAAAGCAGUACCAGGUCCAGCAUGGAGCUUGCAGUUAUACCUUUCUGCUCCCUGAGGUGGACAGCUGCCGCCCUGCCCCUGCCACCCCUCAGGUGUCUAACUCUGUGCAGAGAGAUGCCCCCCUGGACUAUGAUGACUCCAUACAAAGGCUACAGGUUCUGGAGAACAUUAUGGAGAACAACACACAGUGGCUUCUCAAGGUAAGGAUGGCGUGCAGUGCCAUGGCAUACUCAGAUCAGAUCACCUCUGGAUGCUAUUGGGUUGCUGUAAGGGGCAUCCUGUCACCUAUGCUAUUAUUGCUGUUUGUAUGGAGAGUAUGUAGGGGUGACAUGAGUUAUGCGAUGAUUCGAAAAUGCCAUUGAGACCGAUACCUCAAAUUACAAUGUGUUUAAACGCAUUUUGAUCUUUUCUUUUCAAGAGUGCCACAUUCAUCAUAUUAGUUGUCUGUGCUGGGAAACCAUCGGAUUUCAGUGAUACAAACCAGCGUGAAACUGGUACAAUUUAGGGUUUAUUUACUGAACAGUGAACUGAAAACGUGUUUUUUCUAAAAUAGUCAUGCGCUGCUUAUAGCAGAAUGAAAGAUUGACUUUUUUUUCCGCGCAGAUCACUAUCGUGACUACAUUUUUUCAAGUAGGUUUUCAGACUCUCUUUAGUGAAUAACUUCCUUUUUACUAACUGAUUAUAUUUAAAAAAUCGAGUUAAUAUUAUUCUAUUUUAUUUUCUAGAGUAAAAUUGUAUCAACAUGUGGUGAAAUCUAGUAAAACAUAAAAAUAUAUUACUAUGUUUAAUGACAGUGUAGAUAGAAAUAUAUUAAAUGUAAUGUGGCAGCUAACUGUUAAAUAAGGAGAUAUUUAUAUAUAUAUAUAUUAUUUUUUGCGGUGGGGGGGUGGGGCGUUUAAAGAGCAACAAAGUAUCACGUUAAAAUAGUGUGUUGUAACUAUUAGUACUUCCUUAUAGACCCAGAUAUAAAAGGAGUAUUGGAAGUAAAGAAUGGAAUGGGACAUAUUGCAUUAGAGCUUCAGUAACCUUGAGGUAUGGUAGUUGGGGUAAACAAUUGUAACUUUGCACAAACUAAACUGCUAAAGAUUUCCUACCACUUUAUCUCUGUCUAUACAUAACUAAAUAUAUGCAGGAGUUUUUAUAAAGUGAGAAUUCUAAGUGAAUUUCAAAUUUUAGGCCACGGUAUCAGAACUGAAUGCAUAACUUGCUAACUUGGAGAUUUUUUUCCAGUUCAUCUAUUUCAACCUUAAAUUUGAGAUUCACUUCAAAUUCUCACUUUAGUAAAUAGUAUCAAACCUGUGUUCAUUUUGCUUUAAUGAAAUGGUGAUCCAUAGGCAGAUUGUUUACAUGUGGGCACCCUACAUCAGUGGUGUUGGCUUAUAGGUGGCCCAGUGGCUUGUACUGGUGUCCAAUCUCUAUUCAUGUACAUUUCUGUUUUGCUAUUGUGCUUCCAUUUCUCCCCCAGCCCCAUUUGAUAUGGCUGCAGGAGUUCUCUUUGAUUACUGGACAGAUGCCCACAGCGCCAUUGGAAAAGGCAGCCCUGACUGUAUGCAACAAUUUAUAAAGUCAAAACAAACAGUGCUUAUAUCAAACCAGACACUGCAAGAACUUUUGCAAAGAAGCACUGCGGGAUGGUGCUCGUUAAUUUGGGAGAAAUUCAAUUCUAGAGGUUUUUGUUUGUACCAAAUAUGCCAGAAAACUAGCCAAGCACAAUGUGACCUGUCACUAGAGAUUUAUACAUGGCACACAGCAUGGAAUGCUCAUUCUGUGAUCCGCACAUAGGGUUACCCUUAUUGCAAUCUGUCAUGCAGAAAAAAAAAAAAAAAAGCCGGUUUGGAGUCUUUGAGAAAUCACUGUUUUUGUUCUGCAGCUCAGAUCUGCAAAGCAAGAAAACUACAGUAUGUACAGUGCUUGUAGUACAUGAUAAAUCAUUUUUACGACCGUCACAUGAGGGUCAUGUACAUGGAGGUUUGAGGCAGGGUUCACUGAAGGCCCACAGAUAAAAUAUUCUCAUGGUGAGAACAUUGGGAAGUAGAAAGUCUAUGACACAGAUCUAGAUUGCUCCCCAGCACAGCGCUGCAAAGUGUAAUUGAUUUUGACAACAUAAAGUGCAAUGCAUGCUAGUGAUUUUUGACAUUAUUUUCAGGAAAGUCUGAUGCAGGAAGUGUUCUGAUCUAUAGUUUACUUUAUUCAGAUAUCCCUGUCAGCACAGGUGGAUCAUUCAAAGAUUAAACAUUUCUUCAAGAUAUGCCAGUAUAAUUAAAUACAAAUGUCUCAUUGGAGAAGUACCCGGAACAUAUCUUUUUUACUUAAAAUGGCCCCCUCCUUUCUCCCACCAAAAAAUAGAAAUUAAAAAAAAAAAUGCACUGACAUUUUUUUUUUGCUAGUGAUGGUGCAAAAUAGGUGUACAUUUUGUCCCAAUGGACAUCCUGUAUUGGCUAAAUACUGCAAAAAAUAAAUUAUGUUAGGUUGAAUACAUUUUAAAAAUGUUAAAUUUCUCGUUUGUGAUUUGCUUCAAAACAUCCUUGAAUUUUACCUGACUAAAAACAUGUUUCUAUAUAUAUUUCCUUUUCAUUUUCAUAAACAAGACACAUACAUUUAUGGACGGUCCCAGAGUAAGUAGAUGCAAAUUUAAAUUGCCAAAUUCAGGUCAAAAUAAUAAAUGUUUGUGUAAUUUAGUGUAGUGUAUGGAGUUCUCUCAGAGUUCUCAGUAUGUAGUUGGUUUUCUCCAUUUGUCAAUUCCAUACUAAAUAAUUUCUCCACAGCAAUAUUUUACACUUCCACACAUGGGCUCAUCAAUUAUAUAAAAUGCGCCUUUAAGCACUUAAAAUGAUGCACUCUAAUUCAUGCUUGGUAAUUGUUACAUCUGUUUCCAUUUUGUUUUACCAAUUUGCUUUCAGUCUGCAUUUUAUGUGCACCAUUAUUUUUGUGGCAACCUCCAGCAUUUUAGAAUCUCCUCAAGUUACAGUUGUAACUACAGGUCAAGUGGAAUUAAGAUGAGAAGUUGAGUUAGUGGAUCAAUAACUACAGGGUUUUUGUUUUGUGUAGUUAAUCCCAUCUUGUUUCAAGUACGAGCUACCAGUGCAAUUCUAGGCAGUCAUCUAUGUAUAUAUCUGCCUUACAUUAGGUAACUAGUGAAAGUGUUGGAAUAACUAAAAGCAAAUAAAAAUAUAUAUACAUUUUUGUGAAAUAAAAGUUACAUUUCUGUACCCCUCCAUCUGACCCCAUCCCACCAGUUUAGUAUCCCUCUAAAUGACCCCAAACUUUUACAUUUGACAAUUAGCGAGAAAGAAUCAUCGUGAUAAAGGUUAGUAUCACAAAAAUCACUGCUGGAAGUAGGUUUAUCAGCUCCACCAUGUUUCCCUGGAAAGUCAUGUUUUACUGCCUGGAAAUCAAUUACUAAGUCAAGAGACUUCCUUUGAGAUCCCAUCUUGGUUGAGUGAUUGAUUCCCUGCUGUAGCUUAUGAAUAAUACAUACUAUAGAACAGCAUUUUUCAUGUAUAUCUCAAAAACAUGAUUAUGUUCCAACAUUAUGGGUGCAGGAUUUCUAUGCGUAAGCCCAUCAUAAACAGGAGAUUUAAACUUCCCAUAAUUUGUCUCCUACAAUCCAUGGAAAAAAAAUGGCAAAAGAUAAGCAAUCUUCAAAAGAUCAAACAAGAAAUCUAUAACUCACUCAAGAAAAAGUAAAAUUUUACACUGCUAAUAAAUUAUUUUAUGCAGUGUCAAACAUCCUGCAAAAUCAAUGAUAAUUAAAUACAUAAAAUAAUAUCUACCCUGUUUACCUGAAAAUAAGACAUCCCCCAAAAAUAAGCCGUUGUCUAUUUUUGGUGGAUAGUCGUAAUAUAAGGCCAUACUGUGAAAAUAAGCCCUAGUCGCCAAUAGCUAGUUCACUAGUCUAUGUUCGGUGAAAUCUCCCCGAACGUAGAUUUGCGGGAUUCCAUUCGCAAGUAAGCAAAUCUUUGUAGAGGAAGUUUCACUGAGCAUAAAUUUGCAUGAUUACAUUCGCGAGUAAAUGAAUCUAUGUUCGGAGACGUUUCCCCAAACAUAGAAUUGCGGAAUUCCAUUCGCUAGUAAGCUAAUUUAUGUGCGGGAAAAAUUCCCCAAACAUAGAUUCGCGCUAUUCCAUGCACUAUUGAACUGGUCUAUGUUUGGGGGAAUUCUCCCAAACCUAGACCUGCUUUCUAGCGCAUGCUUGAAACCGUUUUCCCCUGAAAUAAGACAUCCCCUGAAAAUAAGACCUAGUGUUUUUCAGGGGAAAAAUUAAUAUAAGACCUGAUCUUAAUUUGGGGGAAACACAGGUAGUAACUUUGUCUGGAAGUCCAAAAAUCAUUAGGCAUCGUGUCCCACUUUGCAUCUUUUUAAUCUGUUUCAUAUAUAUAUAUAUAUAUAUAUAUAUAUAUAUAUAUAUAUUUUUUUUUUUAAUAUAACUUUGUACUUUUUAGGUAUACAAUCACUAGCCAACACAAGGUUUUAAGUCCGUUUGUAGUGUAACAGAUAAUGUGCUGUUAACUGAAGGGGAAUGUGUGAGAUGGUGGGCAGGAGUAUACUUUUUUUUUGUUUUUUAAUAAACUGUAACCAUUUUAAUAACCUAUCAUUUUAUUUACCCCUCAUUAAUGAACGGUUUUAACUCAAAGUCUUCAAAAUGGUGUCCAAUCGAUCUGUCCCUCCACUUCCUAUGCAAGUACAAGGCUUCAACAAGGAAACCUCGGACUGAGCACCACUCAUAGGUUGAUAGCGAAUAUACUCAGAUUAUUACUAGUUGCCCUUUGAGAAAAGUGAUUAAAAAAGGUACAUAUCUUUUACUAGCUGACAGCCUAUAAGCAGCACCCAGUCCAAGACUUCCUGUGAUUAGGUUGUUAUGGAGCACUCGAUGUCCAAGUCGCACUGUUGCGCUGUGUGGAUAGGUCUAGAGUACUACCAACAAACCAAUUCUGUCACCUUGUGUCGUGAGGAUUUAGGGAAGGUGCUCUUGUACAGUCUUGAUUGGCUGUUCGGUAUCCUGAUGACCUGCCUCUUUUACAGGCAGGCAGAGUGUUUGUAACACUUAUUACACCAUGAACAAAUCCAUUUGUCUGCUCCACUCCACUCCCUCCCUCCCAUCCAGAUAUCAGACCUGCCAAAGUCAUCAGUGUGAGGAAUCAUGACUAGCACUAUGAAGCAAGGUAGUAUACUUUAAUGUUAUUCAACAGCGAUCAACAAAAAUGUUAAUGUGGAGUAUAAUGACACUGGACCAUAUAGCAAGGAGACACAUGGUAUAUCCUUUACCCUACUCACAAUGCAGUUCUAAGAAUUCAGAAAACACAAGCUAAUAUUUAGUGGAUAGCUAUAGUCAUAGAGGCUUAUCCUGGUGCUUUAGCUUAGAUGAAAAUCCAAUAACCCAUGCAUCAAGGCUACUACACCCAAGGUCAAUCCUCAAUGCCAUCCUUAACUCCUUGUAGUACUAUAUCACCUACCCCAAGUGCUGUCAUUUUAUCCCACUAACUACCUUCACCUGGUUUGUCUCUCUCGCUCUCUCCACCUCUUAUAAAAUCUAAUCUGUCUCGGCAUAAACCUAAACUCCCUUUUGGCUCUUUAGCUUUUGUCUUUUAUUUAUCACUCUAGUUUUGUGGCCUGAACGAAUAUGUAGAAGCUGUGCUGUAACGCUUUGAUUAGCGGCUGACUAGAUCAAUACGAUAAAGGCACUAGGCACUGCAACGUGAAGAGAAGCAGGACUACAGAACCCAACACAGAGGGCUUCAUCCUUUAAAUCCAUCCCUAACAACACCGAUGUCUAUAGUCACUAGCCUGCUAAAAACCUUGUAUCACUGUCAUGCCUGCAAUUUAAUCUGUGUAAGCUGCCGCGACAAGAAUAAUUUAGGUAGUUUAUAAAUGUGUUCAUUUUUGUAAAGACUUUUCCCUUUUAAAGUAAUGUUUGUCUAACUAAAUCCCCCCUUAGCGUUUCUUCUUCUACAAAUCUUUUCUGUAAACUGCAUUCAUCACCCCAUUCGAUCCCAUCAUGCUUUGAUUAAUUUGUAUUAAAGACCUCAAGUUCAUGUCAACAGUUGUCAAAACAAUUGGGCUCCAUCUCAAAUCAGGGGAGACCAUGCUAAAAGAAAUAAAUAAAUUAUAAAUAAAUAAUAAUUGUUAAAUUUCCCUCAGCAUCUUUUUUUACUUGUGGCUGCAUGUCACAUUUUGAAACAUGCUAUAUUCACUGUCUGCAUUUAAACCUGUUUUGUGGCCUGUAAAUGUCUAUCAAGGAUUCACUUGUGUAAGAAUGUUAGCACCAUAGAAAAUGUAUAAGCCAUUUGCAUCCUAGCAUCAACAUCCAAAGCCUCCUAUCGGGUUUAAAGUUUGAACCAGUCACUGUGAGCAAUGCAUUACAUUUUUACUAUCUUGCUUAAACAAUGCAUCAUAUGGUCUUGGCUUGUGGCAGAGCUAAAUGCAGGUGUGCUUUUGUGUGUAGUGUUGGUGUUUGCAAAGAAUAUUAGCGUUUUAAUAUAGGGGUGUGUUUGAAUGUAAUGUUUGCAUUUGAGUGCAUUGGUGUGUUUGAAUGUAGUGUUGGCUUUUAAAUUGUGUGUAGUAUUGGUGUUUGAGUGAAAGUGUGUGUUUGGCGAAACUCCUGGCACUGGGCCCCCUAGCACUCUGGACCCAGCGUAGCCACACAGGCGGUAGUUUCACCACUGGUUUUGGCCAGUAGAUCAUCAUAACUAGGAAAGGUCUGUCCCUUCGCAUGCUUUUAUCUGGGUGAUGUAUCCUCCAUUUCCCCACUUGUUACACCUACGUGUUUUAGAGUGUUGCGAAAGGAGAGAUUUAACAGUUUCCCUGCAGAGAUACAGAAGGAUAAAAUUGAGCCAUGACAGAGCAAAUUGCAAAUAAAAGAUAUCACAUUGUUGAACAGUGCUAAAUGAAAGGCAUUGUAAGAAAAAAAAAAAUCAAUUUAGAGUGCAGUAAAGAGAUAGAUGUUUAAUGUUACACCCAAUGAAGAUCCAUAGGUUAACCUAGUAAACAUUUCUGAGCAAAUUAGUUAUACCACUGACACAUAUUGAUUUUCCAAAACAGUAAAUUAAGUGCAGAAAAAAGAUAAACUGAUGAAUAUAGAGGCGAUAAGAGGAGCAGUCUACACUGCUCAAAAAUUUCCAGGAAAGAUUCCUUUUCAUGUGGGUUUGUUUCGAUAAACAGAGAGCACUCCCAUUAAAUGUAUCACGGCUUGUUAAAUGCUCUCUAGUCAAACGCAAUAUAUUGUGAUGAGUGUAACUCUUAUUAUUGUAUAGUCUCUUGCUGGAGACAAAAAAAAAUGGUCAAAUUUACCACCCAAAUAGAGAAAUAAAAUAUGACACUUUAUCUACUGCUAAAAGCAACUGCAAUCUGCCAUUUUUUUUAUAUUUUAGUUUUUUUUUUUUAUUUCCUGCAUUGUUCAUAUUGUAAAACAUAUACACAUUUCACUUUGCUUCCUAUAGGAAAUUCUACAGGGCAAGAAUUCUAGAACAUGAAAAGUCGUAUCCCUUAAUACAUACUUCAAAACGAGAGAAAUCUCAAUGAAUCUUUCCUGGUAAAAUAUUUUAUAAAUAAAUAAUAGCACAGAAAUGUGAUCAAAUAUAAGAUUACUCCCCUUUGAAGAGAAGCCAGUAAAAUUAGAUAUCUUUCCAAUAUAGCCAUUGCAAAAUGCCGCAACUGAGAGAUACAGUAUCUGGCUGAAGGACAGUACAAGGACUGUAUGACGAUAAUUUGAAAUUCUAGUUUAUAUUUUACCGUAAUACUUUUCGAUCACUUUCUAAGCUGUGUUGAAAAUUCUGCGUCAUAGGCUUCUGCUUGCUCACUAUUAGUUAACCCUAAUCCAGAGGUGAUAUACUAGAAACAUGGUGGACAUUAGUCAAUGUUUAACAAGAUGAAGUGGAUAUUGACAAACUCCAGAAGUCAGGGCGCAUGGCUCCUAGAAUGUUACUGGUAAACCUUAAUCUGUUUAGUAUAUAGAAUUAUUUGGAGGAACUUCAUACAUUUUAGUUGUUAAUUUGAUUAUCUCCAGGCUCUGUGACUGUUUAGCUAUGCAUUGUACGUGUUAAGCUUAUCAAAAGAAUUCUAAUUUGCCAACGGAUGUGUUUACAUCAUCGACCAUCAAAUGUUACAGGAAAAAAAUAAGGUCAGAAAAAUAUUUUGAGUUUGGCUGCGUCAUUUGUUUUAAUGACUAAACCUUUUUGUGGUUUCUGAAGGCAUACAAGAGUUGGAAGAUGUGUUUAAAGCAGAGCAGGGAUGAGAGCUUAAUGAUGAUUUAUUCACUAAAAAGUGAGUCAUGCUGAAUUUAAAGUGGUGUGGUACUUCAAAUAAAAGUUGGGAAUUUUAUUUCUCAUUCAAGAGGUUAGCUUUUUCCUCUUUUCUGCUGUAGGUUGGCACUAUCAGCUGCUGAAUAUUUGAAAUAUAGGAGUGAUUAUGGCUCUGGGGCUAUACUAACAAACUAGUAAGUGGCUGCAGCCUGCUUUUAAUGGAAGUACUAUAGUGUUAAUUGUAUAUAGGUCCCCACCCCUUGUUUCCAGUAAACUUUUAAAAAGAAAUCUUUUACAUCACCUUUUCCACUGCCGAGACUCUCUCAGUGCUACUCACCUCUCCACCUCCCGUAAUAUCAUUGAGGAGGUAUGGCCUCCUCCAGUGAUGGUCCAAUCCAAUGCUCCUCAUAGAUGAGCAUUGGAGACCUGAUAUGCAUGUAUGUCGAGUACCGCACUCAUCCUGUGCUUCAAAAGAAAGCACUAAAACCAAUGCUUUUCUAUGAGCAUUUGUGUCAGGUGACCACGUUGUACUUAGCCAAGGUAAUAGAAGUCAGGAAGACAGCCACUAGAGGUGGAUUAAGCUUUGCAAUGUGAUCACAACAGUUUCUAAAAAAAACAAAACUGCAAUGUUUUACAUUGAAUGGUUAAAAUCACAUUACCACUGCACCCAAAACACAUAAUUAAGAUGAAGUUGUCUGGGUGACUAUAGUGGUCCUUUAAAGGUUAAAUUGUACAUGCAGCGCCUCUGUGGGCUAUUUUCACAUAGUCCACUUGUGUUUUCUAUAUUGCAAUGUUUAGGUCAAAAUAGCCAAGUUUGAAAUAUAUCUGUACUAUCAACAAACUGCAACACUCCAACCAGUACAACUAAGUCACACUUACAAAUCUAACAGUUUACAAAGCCCCAGGAUGAAUCAUAGACAAUAGUAGCACAAUAACUAUAUAUAAUAUUUUGUGACAAACCAAUGUUGGCUUCAAUUUAAUAUUGUUGGAUAAGAUUUCGAACUGAUUUAAUAUUUUUGGAUAAACUUUUAAAAUUAUGUAAUAUUAUGAAAAAUAUAUUAAUUCUGUAAUAUUUUGAUCGUUUUUGAUAUAUGUUUUUCAUAUAAUUUUACUAGGCUCUACUCACCCACCCUGGUUCCUUCUAAUUAUAUAGCAUGCACCUCCAGCUGUUUGGAACCACAGCCAAUCACCUCCUUAUUACCUUCACAUAUUAUCAGCUGCUGCAGUUAUACCAUUAACUCUCUCUGCCAUCACAUACAAAUUCCUCUGCUACCUCUUGUCUCAUACCCCCAUUUCAACCUUUAGAUUUUAAGCUCACGGGCAGGCCCCUCUACCUGUUGUAUCGGUCUGUUCUUAUUGUGUUCGUCUUUUUCCCAAUUGUACAGCGCUGCAAAAUUUGUUGGCGCUUUAUAAUAAUAAUAGUAAUAAUAAUAUUUUAAUUAUCCAAAAAUAUAAAAUUAUUUGGAAAGCUUAUCCAGCAAUGUUAUAUCGAGGCUAUUAUGUCAUAAGACUUUUCUUGUUUUCAUUUACUGGGGCCAAAUAUGACUACUUGGGCAGUAAAGAAGGCUAUAUACAUAGACUGUACAACAUUCCAAAAACCAAGAUACAAAAUGAGAUUUGAAAUCUGCAAUGAAACCUCAUUAUAUAGUGUUUUGUAGAGAAAACAAACGGCAUCUUUUUGGAUUACCUGCUAAGCUUUUUAUACAAUCCUCUUCAAUUAUCUAAAUUAAAUAGUGUAACGCGCAUAGAAAAGGGAAAGUCACAGUCUGGAAUUGCUUUAGAUAUAAUCUGUAUUACAUUCCUGUGCUGCAUGUUUUCACUGGGGUCAAAAGGAUUUGUGUGUUGGGGUUUACUGGUGGGAAGCGGCAAUCAUUGUAAACUGCUGAAAACACUGAAAGGUGAGGUCGGAUUGUCAUUUAGCAAAUGUCACCUGGAUUCUGUUCAUUUCUGUUUAAAGGCAGUGAAUGCCUUGAAGGCAACUGGAUAAGAUUUCACUUAAAAUCACUUUUGCUGUCUCAAGAAACCACGUAUCAGGUUACCAAUUACAUAGUGUUAUCCAACAUAUGUGAUACACCGAUUUAAGAGAGGUAUAACCCAUGUUAUUAUAUAACACAUGAAAUUCAGGUGAGCACAUUAUUUGCAGUAUGUAUACACACUCUUUAGGAUUAAAUUAUAAAUAUGCAAGUAAUUGUUGAGUCCCAACAAACAAAUAGGAUUUCUAGCGCUUCUAUCAAUAUUGGUAGGCAGCUAGGACAUCCCAGGCCAGAGUUUCUUCUUUCUGGUAAUUGUUGAGUUCCGUUGCUUGCUGGCUUUAUGUCUCCUCAGUUCUUCAUGUUGUUUGGAACACUACUGUGUCCCCAUUAGUUUCCCAUGCUGUUUGGAACACUACUGUGUCCCCAUUAGUUUCCCAUGCUGUUUGGAACACUACUGUGUCCCCAUUAGUUCCCCAUGCUGUUUGGAACACUACUGUGUCCCCAUUAGUUUCCCAUGCUGUUUGGAACACUACUGUGUCCCCAUUAGUUUCCCAUGCUGUUUGGAACACUACUGUGUCCCCAUUAUUUCCCCAUGCUGUUUGGAACACUACUGUGUCCCCAUUAGUUUCCCAUGCUGUUUGGAACACUACUGUGUCCCCAUUAGUUUCCCAUGCUGUUUGGAACACUACUGUGUCCCCAUUAGUUCCCCAUGCUGUUUGGAACACUACUGUGUCCCCAUUAGUUCCCCAUGCUGUUUGUAACAUUGCUGUGUCCUCUCAGUUCUUCGUGCUGUUUGGAACACUACUGUGUCCCCAUUAGUUCCCCAUGCUGUUUGUAACACUGCUGUGUCCUCUCCGUUCUCCGUGCAGUUUGGAACACUACUGUGUCCCCAUUAGUUCCCCAUGCUGUUUGUAACACUACUGUGUCACCAUUAGUUCCCCGUGCUGUUUGUAACACUACUGUGUCACCAUUAGUUCCCCGUGCUGUUUGUAACACUACUGUGUCACCAUUAGUUCCCCGUGCUGUUUGUAACACUGCUGUGUCCCCUCAGUUCUCCAUGCUGUUUGGAACACUGCUGUGUCUCCUCAGUUCUCCAUGCUGUUUAGAACACUGCAGUGUCCCCUCAAUUCUCCAUGUUUCUUAGAAGGGAAUAGUGGCUCAGGAUGUUUUUACCUUCCAUUAGCUGAUGUUGCUUCCACACAGCCUUUUGAGGCAUGAAUGGAGGAUUGGAAGGUUUUUACAGCCUCUCCCCUGAGUCUGUACAUGUGCAAAAUAUGUGUAUGUAUGGGGAUUAAGAAGAGACACCCUGAUGCAGUAGAUGUGGAGUUUGGUCAUCCUCCUGUGGAAUCUUUGAACCACCACUAGUAUCACGAACCUGAUGGUAUAUAUCCCACCUUUGAGUAUGAUGGUCUGGUCUUCACUGCACAGUUCUGCAGGUCUGCGCUGGAGCCAUGUUACACAGGUAUUUAUAAGCAUAAAUGCUGUUAUAUACUCAAACUAAACGGAUAGCAUCCAUAUGUUUCCUGAACAGCUUGCGCUGCUAUCCAGGUGCAUAGAAUGCUAAUUGGAAACUGCAUGCAACAAUUUUCUGAGGAGAACCUAUUCACAAUCAUUUACAACUGAAAAUAAAUCUUGUAUUUCAUGCACUCCAGCAUGAACAACGUUUUUUACACGGAAAAAACACAUAUGCGAUUAAUAUGUCUAAAUGAGGCUGAUAGUUCUUGGGGGGAAAAAAAAACUCAAUAAGGUAUAGUAUGUGGUUGUUUUAUUGUCACCACAAAUCCUUUUGACCCUGUCAGUGAAAACAUGCAGCAUAGGAAUGUAAUACAGAUUACAGCAGAUUCCUGACUUUGGUUGCUUAUUAAAAAGAAAAUCACAGAGCCUGCACUCUUUCAUAACCAACUCCUAAAUGGCAUCACCUAAUACGUAUAUUUUAAAUCAGUGAUUACAAUUUAAGUGACAAUGUAUGUUUGUUAAUUUUAAAGUUGUCAUUUAUACGUUGCUAAAACCUGCUGGAUAAUUUGAGAUCGGUCCUCUGUUUUACCAUGCCAGUCUGUCUUACAUGGUGGAUUAACUUAAAGUUUUCUAAACGCAUUAUUCAAUAUUAUUUAUAGUUUUUCAUGCCAUCACAAUCACACCACUGUUUAAUUUGCAGAGUUUACAAGCAUAUAUAUAUAGUUGGAUCAUCAAAGGAGAUUACUUAAAUGCUCUUCAGCUGAUUAUCCAAAUCCACAAGUAUGUAGAACAUCAUGCUGUUAAAGUAAAGAGCUCCUAAGAAGUUCCACAUUCAUCAUUCAAAGCUCCUGGAUCCAUACCUUGUACAAUGUGUAUAUAAGAUCACACUACCAGUUGGGUGAUAUACCCUUAGAACUAUGUUUCUUUUCUAUAUUCUAUUCUGUUUCUUUGUGGUGGAACAUCAAUCCUUGUAAACAAACAGUUAAAUGAAAAGAAUCACUCCAGACAUGUGAUCUUUGACUCGUCUCCAUCCUUCAUAGCACUCUUUUUGUAAACGGAGGUCAAACAUUUGUUAAGGGCAAAUACAUCUAACAGGGAUGUUUUCUGGAGCCUUAUCUCCCUACCCUUGCUCCCCCCCUUACAAGUAUGCCCUGCGACCUGUGGUACAAAUGUGCUUUGUCUGUCAAAUGUGCUCUGUCAAAUUGUUGAGAAAGUUUAAAGUUUAGCUUAUUUACUAGGGUACAGAAAAAUGAAUGAUACGAUUUUACAAAAAGUGUUAUGUGUCUACAUACUUCUCAAGAAUUUGGCUAGGAGAGCACUGUCAUGUCACCCAAGUUAAUGGACUUCAUCAAAUACUCUAACAAAGUUAAUUGACAAACUACUGCAGUCCUAUUCUGUUGGAGCCAACAAUGGGUCCUUCUAUUUUCAUAGCUGUUAGAUUCUGUUGGAUUGAGAAAAAGAGAAAAAAAAAGUCUAAUCAUGCCAUGUACUUAGCUUUUAUUGAUCGUAAAUGACAUAUUAUAUCUUGACCAUUAGGCUUCAAUGACUAAAGAGACAAGUUCAUUGAGGUAAUUAUUGGAUACAGUGAUUGCUUCCAGUAUCGAAGGAAACUGGUAUUUAGAAACUAAUCGGUUAUUUUUGUCUAAUAUUUAUGUAUACUUUUUCUAUUAAAUGUUCCUAGUUGUACGUGACCCAUUAAAAUGGUAGUUAAUACCAGAUGUACAUUUUCUAUUGCAAAAAAACCUUGAGACUAAAGGCUCUUCACAUAACAUAGAAAAUAGGUUUUCCUAUCUAUACAUCUACUGGUAUAUUUAAUUUAUGUAUAAUAGAUUUAUCGUAAUCAACUAUGAUGUUUUAGUUACUAGCCUAGUACCAGGUGGUACCUUUAGUAUUUCCUUCAUUAGAGAAACUAUUUAAAGGCCUGCAGUCUCCCUCACAGAGUAUUUGUAGCUUGACUACCAUUGUAGACUGAGGGGCAAACUCGCCAAGCGUGUUUUUUGCAAGGAUAUGUUUUUUUGCAAGGAUAUGUGUUUAGCAGGUAUAACAAAUAGUCAAUAGGAUACUCUGGAAUUAAGGCAUUGUUAAAUCAGGACAGAAAGAAUCAUCUUCUGAGACAAGAUACACCGCUGCCAAGCUAUGGAGGGAUAUUAAAAAGUGAAAAACCUGUCCUAAAUGUAGAAUAUUUAACAUUUUGCCCCACUCACAAUGAGUUUUAUAAAUUGGCUACUUUUGGUCCCAGGUAUAAACACUACAACUUGUGGUAGAGGUUAAGGUACCAGAAGUCCACUUGCACUUCCCCAUAGUAAAAUCUCAAACCAUUUUAGUAGUUAUGUCAACUUACCCGCAUACCGGUGGCUUUUCAUAAAAUCACAAGGAAGAAAAGGAUUUGAUGGAGGUUCAGAGCUUCAAGAUAACAAGGGACCUGGAGUCACUAUCACACCUGCACUGCAAAGCCUAUUUAAUGCACUAGUGCAACAUUGCAAGUAAUUUUACCAUUCAUUUUUACACUGAUUUUACUUUAACUUAUUGAUAGCAUCACAUUAUCCACCAGACUUCUACUGUGAUGAUUUCACUAUGAUUUCUAUGGUUGCAAAUAAAGUAACAAAAAGGAAAAACAUCCUGUGUGGUUCACGGAACAGGUUUGAACAAGAGAGAAACCACUCAACUUUAAACAGUUGUUUGGGAUGUGAUGUUUAGGCUGCUAGGUAUAGCACAAUAAGGGACCACGAAGCAAGAGUUAACAUCCUUAGGAUACAAAUUGUCAAAAUACAAGUAUAGCAAAUAAACUCACAAGUGAUUAUUUCAUUUCAUAUUACUCAGUGCUUAUUUCCGUUUUACAUGCUUCAGCUAAUGAUAUUUUGGAUUAAGAGUGUGGCAGGUUAAAAGACCUGAUAAAACUACCAAAUGCACUGAAAUACAAAAAUAUAUUGGAAAAUAAAUAGAAAUUAAUCUUGACUUAAAGUGACACUCCACUGCCCAAAUAAAAAAAUAUAAAUAAAUAAAAUAUAAUUAUGCAUUUUUACAUCAGGUUAUAAAUAAAAACAGCUUGCAAAAGCUGCAGAUUUCUUGUUUGAAGCCUUUGAAAAUACUCCCCAUCUAACCCACCCAGAGAUUCUGUGGCUGUCCAAUCACAGGCACAGAAAGCCACAUUGGGGACAAUGCAGCUCAAUGAGUCUUUGCAAGGCACAUGCAAUGAGCAAUUGGCUAUCUCCUGAGUUUAGCACCACUGAGCCUAUCGACCAGGAAGUAAAAGGAUCAGUUGUCUGAUUGACAGCCAGGGGUAUUUAACAACGAAUUUAUAAACUUGCCAAUUUCUAUUUAAAGCAGCAAAGGACAUGCUCUUUACACAUAAAGCUCUUCAGCAAGCUAAAGUGAAUUAUGGAUCUAGAGUGUCCCUUUAAACACGCAAGUCUAUGUUAAUCAUACAAUCACGUGUUUGUCUUGUUUUUCAUCUUUAUUUCACGGGCCAAAUUUAAGGUGUUUUCAUUUUUAGAGCGUUAGGCAAGUGAAAAAUGUCCAUUUCUUCUGAGGAGCAUAUCAUCAGAUAAAAAUGCUGGUCAUUUAAUCAAUUGUAAAGUUUUGAACCAAAACAAAACCUAGAAUUUGAGCUACAUGUUUGUUCAACUAUAAUUUACUUAUUUCAUAUUAAGUGCGCGCACUUUUUAUAAAUCAUUUUGUUCAAGGCAACAAGGGCUUUUAUUUCACAUCAAAUAUGUAUCUAAUGAAAACGAUUUAAUAUGAAUAAAAUCUGAAAAAGUGUUAUAUGCAUGGCAUUUUAACUGUGAAUGUCACAAUACUGUUAGCUCUUACUGCAAUAACACACAUAUUUGAAUGCUGUGAUUUUUCAGGAGUACAACAAUGACCCCCAUGUACAGGUUUUAUGGUGUUUUGGAAAGUUACAGGGUCACAUAUGGGGCUUGCCCAUUUCAGUUUUUACACAUUAAAACUUGCCAGAAUGGUAUGCUGGGCAUGUUGCCUUUGAGGCCAUAUCAUUUACAAAAGUAGGUAACACAGGAUAUUGAAAAUGGGGUAGAUUCAGUCUUUUUAAUAACCAUUUAGUUACAAACCCUGGCCAAAGUUAGUUUUCAUAUUUUUAUUUUUAGCAUUUUGCACACACAAACUGCACUUUCAUGGAUGAUAUAAUCAUCAUACAUUUUACUGCUCUAAAACACUGAUAUUUGUGUUCAGUGAUGUCUCAUAUGUACAACAGUACCCCAAUGUACAAGUUCAAAAUACACUUAGAAUCUUUGCACUAUAAUCACAAUGUACUGUAGUGGUUGGAGUAUUAAGUGCACAUGAAAUUGAAUACAUUGAUUUCAUAAGUUCUGCAAUUUAAUACAGUAGAUACAUUUAUUGUCAUAAAUGGGUUUAUUCACUAAACACUGAAAUGCAAUGCAUUAAAAGUCAAACUGUAAAAUUUGGCUUAAAAUCGCCAAUAUGUUACUAAUAGCAGAAAUGGACAAUAUUUUCUGAAUUUGCUAGUUUUAAGUAACCUUUGCAAUUUGGUUUUCAGUUUACUAAUGUUUGUAGACCUCACAAAACCUAGUUUCUCAAUAGGGUACAUGCAACACAGUCAGGGGUUACGCCAAGAGGUGGCCACCAGGAGUCAGCUGGCUGGGGGAUAAUGGAAGUGGCAAGGGAACUGUACUCUUCCAGCACUGCUCCCUUGCACUUCCUGUAACGGAGCAGUGAUGUUAGAACAUGAAGAUUACACAAGCCACACACUGGAUUCCAGGGAAAGAAUACACUCAAGUUUUCCCAGAGGCUGUGUGGACUUAAAUAAAAAUAAUAAUUUGUGAGUGAAUGUGAAUGUAUCUGUCAGUGAAUGUGUGUGUCAGUGAGUGUCAGAUCUUUGGGAGUAUGUCAGUUUGUGUCAAAUCAGUGAGUGUCUUUCUCAGUAAGUAUGUCUAUCACUGUGUUUAUGUGUGCGUCAGUGUCCUCUAUGUUUACCUGUGUGUGUUAGGGUCGUCCGUUAUUAACUAUUAUGUGUGUAUUAUAUAUUUUCAUUUUGUGACUUUUAUACUUCAGAUUAAUAGUCCAUCCACUCCUCCUUACAUUCCUUAAUAUUCACAUUGUGUCAUGUUGAAAAAUCCUCUAAAUCAGCUAUGUGUUUAGUUUGGAUACUCUGGCCUUAAUUUUUUAAUUCACUUUGAAUUCUCACUUUAGCAAAUAACUCUAUAAGGUUGAAAUAGGUCAGAAGUGUUUGUCUUUAUAUUCUAUGAACAGACUAAAAUGAGAGUUUUAAAAGACUCUACACCUUCAUUUCUCAUUUAUAUAUUUUAGAAGACAUAGGUCAGCAAUGUUUGAGAAACUAAACUGGAACAUGCACAAUAGGAGGAGAAGAAAACCUGAGGUCCGUUUAUAUGUCCUAUUAUAUGCGCUUUUGUUGCCCAUCUGCGAAUGCUUGAACAUACAGAAGGCUUCCUUUUAUGUGAGAAGCUAACCAUUUAAGACCUAUACAAUGUCUAAAGCACAUGUAAUUAAUUUUCUCUCUUGAAAGGAAUGUUUAGACAAAUUACACAUAUUAAAACUGACCUAAGGUUAGACAUCAGUAGGAGGUCUGAGCAACAGUGCUAUCAUUUGAGUUACCUGAGCCUAUAAAUCUCAAACAACGGCAUGCAUAAAAAAAAAAAAAAGGCAAUGACUAAGACAAUUAAAAUGUAUGAGCAUUAAAUAAAAAAAAUAUGUAGUUUAACUGUAGUAAUAGCGUACAAUUAGUAUUAUUGUUCUUUAAUAAUCUGUAUUGUAAAUGCUCCAUGUACACUUCAUAAGAAGACUGAACACUGAGUGAGUGAAAUGUUUGGAAAAUAACAAUAUUAAGAUGAAAAGGAGAUCAAGUGCCAAAAUUGUGUUGAUACUUUGUGUGACUACAUGUCAAAAUAUGGUGAAUUGAUAAUAAACAAAACACUCAACUAGAGUGUGCGCUGACAGCAUAUUGGGUUGACAUAAAACCAUUUGUUUAUGGUCUAAGUAAUGUAUUCUGGCUAUGAUGACCACAUUGUUGAUUUUAUCAGGGAUGCAAUAAAAAAAAAAAAAAAAAAUCAUUCAUUACAAUCGAUUAUUUAAAAUGUCUAUUAUGAGCUGUGGCUUUUUAAAAUUUAUUUAUUUUUUAAUAAAUCCAGUCCUUUUAUAAGUUAUACAUAAAACAAAGCAGGGACUAUUUUGCCUUAAGUAUGAAUGCAUUUGAUCCUGGAAGGAUAAACAAGCAUUUGUUCUCCAACUUAUAUUAGUUGCUGAUAGUCAGUGUCAUAGACAAUAAUUGCGUUUGUAAACUUUCCUUGCUUUGACCUGGGUUGAGGCGAUGUACGUAGCACGUAGGUUCUGAAUUGUAACAUUAAGCAUAUUGGAGGCUUCGUCACUGCAGCCUUUACAGCAUCUUUGCAGCCAAAACAGGACACAAAGAAUUUUUCUCAUGAACCUGCCCUGAGAAAUCCAGCAGUUUUGGGUUCAUGCUGUGAGCUAAGUGGGUUGUUUUGCUAGUUACGAAUUUCCUUUUAAUAAAAUGUUAUAUUAAAUGCAAACAAUAUUUGUUUCUGGUAUUUUGUGUGUGAUGCCUAAAAAAAAUAAAAAAAUAAAAAAAGGAAUUAAUUUAAUCUAGCCUCACCUAACAAUAACAGUUACGUUGGACUGACAUCUUCAAUAACAUUUAGGGAGUGACAGCUUUGAAUAUUAAAUGGACACUAUAGACUGCAAAUGGCCCAGUUUUAAUGCAUUGAAAGAAAAGAUUAUAUCAAAAUAAAGGAGAUAUUAAACUUUGUCCCAGUUAUUUUGCUGCACAUUUUCAGAAUGUGAAGAUUUAGCAGAUGAAACGUAUCAACCAUUUCUACGGAUAGCAUCAAUUUCCAUAAGCGUACUGAUUAUUAUUAUUAUUAUUAUUAUUAUUUUAUUAUUUAUAUAGCGCCAACAAAAUCCGUAGCGCUGUAUCUUAUAAACUCCAGCGAAGAAGGGUUUCAUGUAGUAUGUACUUCAGUUUUCAGUAACAGUUUAAUUUGUGUAAAAACAUGCAUGACAUUGCUGUACAAUAUAUAUAUACACUAUUUCCCAUUUACGAAUGUGGAACUUGCUGGUGGUCUGCACCCAACUUGCACAGACAGGGAGAAGAUUACAUUUCCCCUGAUGCUCUUUGUGAGAUAGUGUACUUAUAGCGGCUGCAGUUUUUUGCAAAUCGCUGCAGUUAUAACCUACAGAGAGAAGAUGCACAGGGGAGUCCCUUCAAUAUAAACUAAGCUAGGAAGAAUAUGUUGGUAUUAGCUAAGCAAAUAAUUAAUAGCAUCAUAGAACAUGCUGGAACUAUACUUUGUGAACAUUGCCAAAACUCUAGUGGCACUGUUCCAGCCAUCUGUCAUUUUAAAUUCUCCAGAAAUUAUAGAGAAUAUAGCAAAAAUAGAUAUUCAUAGAGAUGUAGAAACACACAUUUAUAUAGUACUAGCAAAGCUUGGAAUCCCAAGACCUAGGUUACUAGCCAGGUCUUAAACCUUGCCCACCACUGCAAACAUGGAUGGUUCAUGGCACAUGGGAUUUCUACUCACCAUGGCAACAUCUUUGCUCACCAAUGUGGCUAGUGGAAAUUUUGAGACCCAGUUAUUUAAAGUCUCACAGAACAAGAAUAUCUAUAAUAAGAUUCUACUCCUAUAUGUGUAAAUCCUAGUAUUCUGUCCAUUUACCCUCAAACUGGAAAUCUGACAGUUCAAUAAACAAUUAGACCUGAUUAGUUAAUCUAAACCCUUUCCUGACAAAAGGAGGGCUUGCAUGCCCUAAUAAUCUGGUCCUCCCUACAGGACAAAUACUUACCUUCCUCACCGGAUCCUAUUGGGGGAAAUGCCUGGCAACCGAGGCAAUCCCCAUGCAAGAUUUAAUUCUAUGUAUUUAUAUAUUAUUUUUACAUAAUUAUGUGAUGUUAUUAAUUUUAUAGGGAUUGCAUGUAAUUUGCAAAGCCUAUAUUUGACUCUCUCAAAAAAACCUAUAAAACUUGUACAUGGGGGUGCUGUUGUAUUUGUGAGACAUCACUGAAGACAAAUAUGAGUGUUUUAGAGCAGUAAAACAUAUAAUUAUGAUAUCAACAGUGAAAGUGCAGUUUUAGUGGAAAAAAAAAUGCUAAAAAAACCCCAAAACAAUAUGAACGCUAACUUUGGCAAGGAUUUGUGACUAAGUGGCUACUAUAAAAGACUGGACAUCCCUCAUUUCGAAAACCCUGGGUUGCCUACUUUUGCAAACGGUAUGCCAUGAUGGGGGUAAUUGUCAUUCCUGGGCGGGCAUUUUAAUGUAAUUCAAUUUUUAUUCAUAGAAUAGGUAGUGUUUACAUUGCUGCCUAGGAACACUUCUAUUGGCAGUCACUCGGAUGGCCACUAGACGUGCUUCCAAGGUGAGUACUGCACAACGUGAGAAGCAUCUGUAUGAGGAGAUGCUGAUUGGCCAGCACAGCAUUUGGCUCUUCCUCCCACCCUGCUGAGAUCAUCAGAAUUUACGAUCUCAGCCAAUCCAAUGCUUUAACAUUGGAUUGGCUGGUAUUGUCAAUUUUGAUGAUAUUAGUCAAGGAGGUAGAUCGGAGGCAGAGCCAACCCUGGCAGACCUGCGCGGCGCUAGAAUAAAGGUGAUUUUUAAAAUCCUAUUUAAUGGGGGCAAGGGGAGCGGCCACCUAAAUUGUGUUUUGAACACUAUAGUGUCAGGAAUACACGUUUGAAAUUCCUGACCCUAUAGUGUUGCGUUGCUUUAAUCUCAAUGUAAUAGCAAUCAUAAAUAAGAAAGAAGUUUGAAAAAUAACAUCUUUUGAUAUGUAUUUGUAGGAAAUUGGCCAAUGUAUAGUAGAUCUUACACCCAACUAUGUAUUUUGUGAUUACAGGUUGACCUUAGCGAAGUAUUGACAGCACAGUAUUGUACAUCAUGCCCUGUUGUGUGGAACAUGUAGAUUUGAUAUUGUAACCCUUUCCAUGUCCUGUAAUCCAAAGAUAAACAUAGCUUAACCACACAGAUACAUACAUACAAAGCUAGAGAUAAGAUUCUAGAGAUUGGCUAGUGAUAAGAAUUAUUUAUAUAUGAAUUGUUGUAAACUUUGACAAAGCUUCAAAGGCACAAGGGUUCGUUUAUUUAGGUGAGAUGCAAAGAUGGUCAUCUGGAAUUCAGGUUACAACUUUCACUACAAUACAAGUACAGAGGAUCUUCAGGGGACAGCAGAAUUUUCACUACAUGAAAAAUGAUGGCAUGUAUGCAAUGCACAAGUUUUAAUGCUAACAAUGCAUUGAUGGACACUUUCAAGGUUGAAGCAGCUAUGUUUUCUUUUUUUUAUCCAUACUUCUUAGUUUGAUAAGGGAAUGAGAAAAUAUUCUUAGGCAGGUAUCUCACUUUCCCUUAUGCUAUAGUUGUCUCUAAUCAACUACUUCAAAGUAAUCAGAGUAAUCAAGGAUAGUUGCUGUGUUGGCUUGUAUAUAUACUGGUGCUAUCUUGUGUUUCAUAUCCAAAACUUAUCUUUUUUCAUUGGAUAUGUUUGUUUACCCCAUAAAGGAGCAGCUGCAAUUAUGAACGCAUGAUAUAUAGAUAUAUACAUUAAUUGUUGUAUAUAUUUUUUUUAGGAAUGACUAACAGAAUAUUUAAUAUAGAUAGAACUUGCUGUAUAUAGAUAUGUUUAGGCAGGACACAUACUGCAUGCACAAAUUACAUAACUAUAUCAUAACUAAGUCUCAAAGGGAAGCCUUGAGCACAAGAUAAAUAUGUUAGUGAAUGACAGACUACAACUUAGCACAGAGCAGAAGUAAGCGACCUUCGACAUUCCAUAUGUUGUGGACUACACCUCCCUUGAUGCUUUGCCAACAUUAUGGCUGUAAGAGCAAUAUGGGAGAUAUAGUUCACAUCUGGAGUGCCAAAGGUCUACCAUUAGCAUUGAGCAUCUGUCUGGUAGAAAACUGCAGAUCUGGCUAUUUCAACAUACCUGAUACAAAGGUUCUUCGUUUUGUGAUAGGUUUCGUCUAAAGAAUAAAAGUAAUAUAAUGACAUUUAAAAUGAAAGUUAUGUUGGUUAUUUAUACAAAGAGGAAUAUAUUACACCAGCCAUGCUUUAGGUCUGCAUUCUAUAUACAAACAAUUAAUAUGUUGGGUGCCUUCCAAUAAAUGGCACCCGUAGCUUACUCAAACAGGGCUGAUGAAUCAUACCGGGGGCAAGAGAAAACGUAGAGUUAAGUGGCAAAGACAAAACAGUUUUCUAAGAGAUCUAAAUAACCUCCAGCUAAGGAAUACAUCAAAUGAACACCCUAUCUAGCUCCUCAUCAAAAUCUGAUAUGUUGUUCCUUGUUUUUCUCUUCAAAAUUAUCUGAUAUGUUACUUUUUGCUUCAUAUUUGCAAAGAUAGACCUUCAUAUACCUUUCUGUAGAGACUGAGAUAUGGGUUGUGAGAUGGGUACAGUCAUUGAAAUUAUGCAUUUGUUAUAGUUUACAUAGUGGAGGCUGGUUGUCAUAAAACACACGUUUGUAUUUGUAACAGUCUGUAAGAUUGGAAUCUAUCAGAUUUUCUUUUGGCUACUCACUGUAAAUUUGACUCCAGACUAAAGGCCUGUAAGAGACAGUGGGGUAGAAACAGAAUUACACGUUUAGUAGAUUUUAUUCAGUUCAUAUUCACUGUAUACCAAGAUAUAGAUCAGGAUAUAGUCUAUUACAUUUCCUGCUCAUAAAGAUUAAACCAAAAACACAAGCCCAUUGCUGAUUCAUAUUGCUGGGACUGACAAAAGGAUAGAUUUGGAAACUAUAAAACAGCAGAGGUCUAUUAGCAAGGGCCAUAUCUUAUGAAACGUGUCACUUGUUAUUUUAGUGGACAUAGUCAACUCAAACCCACCUUUCAGCAACUUAAUGAUUUAACCACAAAGUGUUAAUUGCUGCACCCAAUCACUCUGCCCACAAACAUCUGCCAAACUUCGAGACAUGAAUCAGGAAGCCUCGGAUCGGGGAGCCACUGAUAGGCAGAAAGCGUCAGCUGACACUCUGAUCCAAUCAGUAGCUCCCCAUUCAAAAAUCAGUUUGAGAAAUGUAUGUAUUUUUCUCAAGCACUUUCAUGAAUAGGGAUCUACUGAUAGGUUGAGAGAAUCACCUGAAGCUCUCAGCCUAUCAAUGGCACCCCUGGCUUCCAUACGCAAACCUUCGACUACGGUGGGUGCUUGUGGGCAGAAUGAUCAGGUGUCGAUUCAACACAUUGGGGUUAAACUGUUCAUUGAGAGCAGGGGCCAUGGUGCCUUCUUGCACCAUAACAACUUUAUUCUGUUGUUAUGGUGCAUUUAAGCACAAGGAUUACAAUCUGCGUUGUCUGCCUGCUCUCCUAAAAUAGUCUGUAAAUAAACUUGCUUAUUAAUGUAGAUACAUCAUGGGCAAUGAGCAUUAUUUACAGUGUAGCAUAGGAUGUUAGUAUUUAAGUACUGCAUUGCUAAAUGUUACAGAUCCUGAUGAAGGGAACUAAUGUCUAGAGCACAACAUAAAAGUUUAGCUUUUACUUCUGAUGAAGUAACAGCCAGCAGUUUUCUUAAAGGAACUCUAAACUCUAAACACCAGAACCACUACAGCUCAAUGUAGUGAUUUUAGUGUAGGAAGUCUGUACCUGAUUUUUAUCAUUGAUAAACACUACAUUUUCUGUGAAAAGGCAGUGUUUAUAUUAAGCUGUAAGAACACCACUAGAGGUGCUUUCUCUUUACAGUCCCUCGUUGUUUGCUGAAUUGACAUUCAGCAACCUCACACUCAGCAGUAGCAUAACAAAUCUAUAAGAGGAGAUACUGUUUGGCACAGAAGGCCCCCCAAUACUUCUCUAUGGAGAAAGUUUGAUUUGGCUAAGAUCAUUAUUAAUGAUAAUCUUAGUAAGGGGUGGAGUAGUGGAAUCAGAGAGUCAUGCACAGCAAUGGAUACAAUUGAGUAAAUGUUUUUUAUUUUCGUUUUGCAGAGGGCCCAUAUUCAGGAUGAAACUCUAGAAAUACAAACAUGCAUUUCUGGCGUUAAAGUUAGUUUUUCUCUUUAAACUAGUCCAUGGUUCUUUAGCCACCUUAUAGCUUACGUGAUGUGGAGUUAAAUAUCAAUUGGAGAGUCAAUGGCUGAAUCAUCAUCAUUAAACAUUAUUGGCUACUCUUGCUCUGGGUAUUAGGUAUGUUUUAUGAACCCUACCAUCAAUGCAUCGUAUUAAGUAAUAUGCAUCAUUUUAUCUAGUUUGUUGGAUGUUUAAACGUAUAUUUAUGUUAUGUGUUUGUAGCUUGAGAACUACAUUCAAGAUAAUAUGAAGAAAGAAAUGGUGGAACUGCAGCAGAACGCGGUACAGAACCAGACAGCUGUGAUGAUAGAGAUUGGAACCAGUCUUUUAAACCAAACAGCAGAGCAGACAAGGAAGCUAACUGAUGUUGAAGCACAGGUAAAACUACUGAACCUGCAUUCUUAUAUCCUCCUGCAGAACUGGUGUCAGUUAUUGCUCGAACACUUUAUUCUGCCAUUGCCAGAUGCUUGCUGGUGAUCUCAUGAUUAGACCCUACCUCUCAGAACACAUAUUAUAUAUUUUGUAAAUUGAUGUAUUUCAAUGGACAGACAUUUUAAAACUCCAUACUCAACUGUGAGGCACAAAGUGCAUUAAAAACAGUUUUACAUGGUCUGACUGAUACUAUAAAUUUUCAGUGCAGCAUUAGGAAAUACUAGUUCUUGGCUAACUGUAGUCCGUGAGAGCUAUCCUCCUUGGUAGAAGCGGAUAUUGGCUGCUGCUGUCAUUAGUAGAAAACAAUGCCUCAGUAUUUGGCGUCUUGGUUUAUAAUGAUGUGCCCGCAACCCCUCCAUGUAAUUAUGUUGCCACAAUUUAUGCUUAACGCUUCAGUUAUGUAUAUAGAAAAUAAAGGUACCGGUAUACCUGUAUCUUGUGAUUUUUGUUCCCACUGGACUAAGAAUCUUACAUGAAAGGAAAUCAUUUUAUUAAGUCUAGACACUUUUUCAUUGAUCAAUUUAUUUCAAGAACUUACACAAAUGGUCUUACUGUAAGUAGGUUACAAUGUUGUAACGCAAGAACCAACUAUUUUCCGCUUUAGACUAUAUAGUUAGAGGAAUAGAAACUAUUCAAGAAUAGAUGUAGAAAUAGACAUUCUUUCAAUAACAUGAAAGGAAAACUACAUUUUAUUAUAUAUAUCUAUAUAUAGAGAUAUAUAGAUAUAUAUAUAUAUAUAUAUAUAUUUAUAUAGAUAGAUAGUUCCAAUUGCUUGAACUCCUGUAAUUAGGUAUAAGCCUGGUGCAAAAAGAUAUACUAUCUUGCUUUGCAUGUAAUGCCUCUAUCUCAUAUAUUAGUUUCCCCUUUUACAUUGCAUUACUGAAAUAAAUUUACUUUUGCACGAAAUUAAAAUUUUUCGAGUAUCACCUGUGUAUAUAUAAAAUAAAUCAUAUGAAGAUAGCACUCCUGGGACUUCAAAAUAGUGUGAAAAAACGUAUCUUUUUAUUCAGGAUUCUGCCAAGGUGAAUCAACGUUUCAGUUCUCUAAUGUUCCAUUGGUUCCAUUAGAGAACUGAAACAUUGAUUCACCCUGGCAAAAACCUGAAUAAAAAGAUAAGUUUUUUCACACUAUUUUGAAGUCCCUGGAGUGCUAUCUUCAUAUGAUUUAUUUUAUAUAUACACAGGUGAUACUCGAAAAAUUAGAAUUUCGUGCAAAAGUAAAUUUAUUUCAGUAAUGCAAUGUAAAAGGGGAAACUAAUAUAUGAGAUAGAGGCAUUACAUGCAAAGCAAGAUAGUUCAAGCCAAGAUUUGUCAUAAGUGUGAUGAUUAUGGCUUACAGCUCAUGAAAACCCCAAAUCCAAAAUCUCAGUAAAUAAGAAUACUGUGAAAAGGUGCUCCAAAAUCUCACAGUGUCCCACUUUAAUCAGCUAAGUAGGCCAUAAAACCUGCAAAGGGUUUCUGAGCCUUUAAAUGGUUUCUCAGCCUGGUUCAGUAGGAAUUACAAUCAUGGGGAAGACUGCUGACCUGACAGUUGUGCAGAAAACCAUCAUUGACACCCAUAAGGAGGGAAAGCCUCAAAAGGUAAUUGCGAAGGAAGUUGGAUGUUCCCAAAGUGCUGUAUCAAAGCAUAUUAAUAGGAAGUUAUGUGGAUGGGAAAAGAGUUGAAGAAAAAGGUGCACAAGCAGCAUGGAUGACUGCAGCCUGGAGAGGAUUGUCAGGAAAAGGCCAUUCAAAAGUGUUGGGGACUUUCACAAGGAGUGGACUGAGGCUGGAGCAUCAAGAGCCACCACACACAGACGGAUCCUGGACAUGGGCUUCAGAUGUCGUAUUCCUCUUGUCAAGCCGCUCCUGAACAACGUCAGAAGCGUCAGAAGCGUCUUACCUGGGCGGAAAAAAAAAACAGACCUGGUCUGUUGCUCGGUGGUCCAAAUUCCUCUUUUCUGAUGAGAGCAACUUUUGCAUCUCAUUUGGAAACCAAGGCCUAAGAGUCUGGAGGAAGAAUGGAGAGGCACACACUGCAAGAUGCUUGAAGUCCAGUGUGAAGUUUCCACAGUCUGUGUUGAUUUGGGGAGCCAUGUCAUCUGCUGGUGUUGGUCCACUGUGCUUCAUUAAGUCCAGGGUCAACGCAGCCGUCUACCAGGAGAUUUUGGAGCACUUCAUGCUUCCUUCCGAAGGCGAGCUUUAUGGGGAUGCUGACUUAAUUUUCCAGCAGGACUUGGCACCUGCCCACACUGCCAAGAGCACCAAAGCCUGGUUCAAUAACCGUGGGAUUACUGUGCUUGAUUGGCCAGCAAACUCGCCUGACCUGAACCCCAUAGAGAAUCUAUGGGGCAUUGCCAAGAGAAAGAUGAGAGACAUGAGACCGAACAAUGCAGAAGAGCUGAAGGCCGCUAUUGAAGCACCCUGGUCUUCCAUAACACCUCAGCAGUGCCACAGGCUGAUAGCUUCCAUGCCACGCCGCAGUAAUUGCUGCAAAAAGAGCCCAAACCAAGUACUGAGUCCUUAUGCAUGCUUAUAAUUUUCAGAGAUCCGAUAUUGUUCUACAUACACUCCUUGUUUUAUUGAUUGCAUGUAAUAUUCUAAUUUACUGAGAUUGUGGAUUUGGGGUUUUCAUGAGCUGUAAGCCAUAAUCAUCGCACUUAUGACAAAUCACAACUUGAACUAUCUUGUUUUGCAUGUAAUAUAAUCUCAUAUAUUAGUUUCCCCUUUUACAUUGCAUUACUGAAAUAAAUUAACUUUUGCACAAUAUUCUAAUUUUUCGAGUAUGACGUGUAUAUAUAUAUAUAUAUAUAACGCUAUAGUGCCCUAGUGGCUGUUUAUGUCUCCUGUCCAACUGUAAAACAAAAAUAUUUUUAGUGACCUUUUCUCCAUUGCAACACCAUCUCUGUGGGGAAGCUCCACCUACAUGAAGAUCCAUCCUAUGUGAAAGAAUUGGGAGACUUGUACUAGUGCACAUGCGCAGCAAAAUGCUAUAAGUUCUAUGAAGCCAUUUGAUUAAAAUAGAGUUUACUCUGCUAUUUCUUUGGAAGCACCCCUUGUGGCUGUCUAAGUGACAACCACUAGAGGCAUUUAAAACUGCAAUGAAAACUUUUAGUUCUGUAGAAUGGCAAUAUUUUCAGUUGCAGUGUUAAAAUGGGGAGGGGGGCAAGGCACCCAGACAAGUUUAUUGAGAUGAAGUGGUCUGGGUUCUGAUAGUGUCCUUUUAAGGAAUAGGGAUAGAAGAUGUGACCUGAAUGCAUCUGGUCUGCAAGAGCAAAUAAACCAUCAGUUUGUUUAUUGUCUGAACCUAAAGAAUAUCAUGAAUAUAAUAUGCACUUUAGCUCUUUGUAAUGCUCUAUAAAGCCAUAUACAUUAAUACCUUGAUUGUAAAUACUUGUAAAGUAGACACAGCUUUUUUUCUAGACACCUUUCCAUGUUACUAAAACCUAUAACUCUGCAAAUAAAUUCCUCAUAUAGAAUGCAGAUAAUUUAAACUGUAAUGUGCCACUUUCCACUUAUUGCCCCAUUACCUUUCCCUUCACAUGUACAAUGGCAGCUAUACAGGUAUCAGUUACUUAACCACAAUCUAUUUUACCAGAGUUGCUCACUAAACCAGUUAUUCAUCAUAACAGAACGGAGAAAAAAAAAUUCUAUUUUUUUUGCCAAAGAUGGUACAACUGAAAGUAGUUUUUCCCCCCAAUUCCAUUAUUCUAAUCUGAAAAUUGCAUAUUACAGCCAAAGCAUGGUGUUAUGUUUGUGCCUCUGUAUCUUCGGACACUGACAAUUCAAAAGUCUCGCAGCUACACUGUGCAGUUAGUUUUCCAUCUACAAAUACGUGACUGGUUAUAACGGUUGCAGACAUCUGUGCAUGCAGUGUGAAAAGGGCAAAUUCCAGGAAAAUAUUUGAUUAAACAAUUAAAUGUGGCUAUAAAUAGUGUAAAGUAUUCUCUAGCUUAAGGGAAAAAAAAAAAGACAUUCAAAUACUAAACUUAAUUUGGUAAAUGAGAGGUCAAAUUAGUUUGCUACUGCUUUAAAUCCCUAUGUAUUUUCAUCAAAUAUUAGAAGAUCUGUCUUUACAUAGCUGAAGCACCUAAUUAGAAACAGGGUAUCAUCUGCACACACACACUAUUUUGUAGUCAAGCUACUAUAAUGUAUAUAUUAACACACAAAGGCAUGCCAACAUACACACCACACAGAUAUAUUUAGUUGGCAGUUGCUGUGGAGGUUGCGAUGUGUGAGCCAUGCAGACUUUCUGAAUGAAAUACCGCAUAGUCCCAAUGAUGCAUUGUACGUUUGAUCUGGUAAUUAUAGGUAAGGCAGGAGGAACACCAUAUUAGCAUUUAUUGGAUACAACUUUAUGAGACAAACAGGCCCCAUACUACUUGCACUUAUGGGGUAAAAAAAAAAUUGAAAUUCUAGAGUGAAAAUAAAUAACUUGUAUGCAUAGUAAGGCAUUAAAAAAAAAUCUUUAAAAAUCUUUCACAUUCUGUGAAAUUAUAGCCCUGAUUUAAUGUGCUUUUUACAGGCUAAUCCCCUAUUUUUCUUGUAGAGAUUGAUAAGUAAUAUUGGGUUUAUCAAAGCUGCAUUUUUUUUAGUGGACUAGAAAGUUAAAGCAUCAACUUGAUAAAUAGGACAAUAAUACAAUUCUAUUGAAUUGUUGAUGAAGCCCUGGGGUCUCGAAAACAGCUUGUAUUGAAUAAUAAAGAGUUAAUAAAAGAAGCACAGUCCCUUGAGCAGAACAAUAUGAAAUCAUAUCCUCAAGACAUUUUUAACAUGUCGGAUGUGAAUAAUGAAGUCUUCCUGUCAACAGAAAAAAAUGAACCAGAUGAAAGAAGUACGUGUAAGCAUUCGGCAAGGACAUGAAAACAGCAAUAUUGUCUGAAUAGCAGGCAGGCAGCAUGACGAUGCAGAGAGCACAUGCCUGCAACGGGUCCACAUUCAAAGCAUUUCCUUAACACAGUCAUCAAUGAAAUAAGUACAAUUCCUCAACCUGACCAGCAUACAUGACGAAAGAUGUAGGAAAUUAUUGAACAUGUUUGAAUAUUAAUUUAGGUGGAAUUGUACAUACUUACAUUUCUUUCAUAAGCCAUUCUGAUAUUUUGGCUGGCAACAUACAACUUAGUUUAAAAUAUGUAUUUUUGCAAUGCGUUAAAAAAAUAAAUAAAAUAAAAAUAAAAAUAAAAUAAAUAAAUAAAUAAAAAAAAAAUAUAUAUAUAAAUACAUUACUAAACAUAAAUACACACACCAGUGUGUCUCAUAAUUCCAUACAUUUGUGAACUAUAUUUCCUAUGGUGGCUUAACCAGCUUUCAAGGUUUUACAGCAGCCAGUGAUGGCUAACAUUUUUUGAGCUGGAGUGCACAAACCGUAAUACAAACCAACUUUUUUUCUUCAAAGUGCCAAAACGGCAAUUAAACCUGAAUACUGAGGAUUAAGUUUAGAAAAAACAACUCAUACAGUUGUCCAAACUAAUUAACAUAUUUUGUUUUAAGAUGAUCCACACACAUGCUCACAGAUACACAGAAACUCACAGAUACACAUACACUGACACUCAGAGACACACACAUACACUUACCUAAACAUACACAGGGGGAGGGGAAUUGCCCUAUUGACCCCCACUGGGUUCGGCGUGCCAGAUAUGGCACAUGUGCCAUAGGUUCGCCAUCGCUGCAAUAUAGCAUAGACAGCCUUUAAAGAAAGAAUGAUUACAUUUAUAAAAUGUGACCUACCCACCUCUGAUAGGUGCUAAAAUUGUCGAUUUACUAAAUAAAGUGAUCUUAUUUAUCUCCUUAUAAAGGUGUUUAAUCAAACAAGCCGACUUGAGCUCCAACUUUUGGAACAUUCACUAUCGACAAACAAAUUAGAAAAACAAAUAUCAGAUCAGACAAGUGAAAUAUCAAAGCUGCAAGAUAAAAACAGGUAAAUGGCUGAUAUAUAAUAUCUUACUGUAAUGUUAUUGUUUCUGGAUGAAUUUUCACAGAUGAAAGCAGUAGGUCUUUGCAAAGCAAGUGCUCUGUUGCCUGCCUCCUGAGUUUCACUUUCCUGAGCUAAACUCUAGUGAUUUCCAGCACUGGUGGUGUACCAAGGUUAAUUUAUAAAAAUGCCAAUUUCUAUUGAAGUCUGCUCUUUUUGUAAAAUGAAGAAAGAGCUGACACUUUUCAUGCAUAAAGUAUUUCAGCAAGCUAACAUGCUUUAAGUGUGUGGAGUGUCCCUUAUAAUUAUAGACUUUAAUAUCUAUUAUUGUUUUUUCAUUUUUUCAAUGCCAACAUAUUCCCUAGCGUCGGGGACAGAUUUAGCUCAAGGUGACAGGCUGGGGAGGGGCGGCAUGGCCAGUGAGGAGGUCAAAAAUCUCCCUCACUGGUCAGCUCAUUUUCCUGCUGUGUGGCUGAGGAAGACAGGGGAUAUUUCCACUGUAGGGCCAGUACUCAAAUAAAGGAAGGGAAGUUCUCCCUCACCUGUAUUAUAUCAGAGCGUUGCUGCAAAUUUCCACAAGGUGUGCUCACAUGUUGUACCUCCCAGCAGACCCCCAGUUAAGCCAGGGAGGGGGAAUAAACUUUAAUACAGUCGCUGUCAACCUAUCACAGUCCUUGGCACCCUCAAAUAGCUUAUGUUACAUCAGUAUAACUUCUGUCACCCAAUUAUACCCACGAUCCACCCGAGUAAAGCCAUUAUAACCCCACCAUAGUCUAUUUUCCCUUACUACAGGCCCUGUCACCUUACAAUAGUCUCAAACCUACCACUACAGCCCCAUUUCCCUUUGCUGUAGGCCCUAUUCCUCCACUACAGCCCCUCCCCCCCCACCGUAGCACUGAUCCUCUUCCUACAUUCCCUAUUUCCCCACUACGUUCCCCCACUACAGCCCCAAAUGCAGCACAAUGAGCUGCCACCUUCAGAUAAGCAACCCCACAAGCAGUCUACACACACAUUGUCGAUCAGCUCUGUCCCACUUGUCAUCCCACCACCCACCUAGUUAUAUUCACCAACCAUUCAUACACCAAACUAGUCAUAUAAAUGCAUGCAAUCGAAUACUCCAAACCUUGUGUGCAUAUGUAAUCUAUAUGUAUAGGAGAGUGCAAUAAGGACACUGGCCGCAAGGAUGAUAAAUCUGCCCCUGCCUAGCAAUUCACAAUGUGAUACAUGAAAAAUUGUCUGGAAAUUAAAUCAAUGAAAUAAAAUUACACAGAUAAUUUUUUUUGCUACGUUUCCUAAUAUAAAUUUAUUAAAUUAGAUAUUGUGAUAUAAUCUGAUGCCCAAUUUAAUCCAUAAAGCAAUUCUAAUUGUAUAUUUAUAUACAAGCAAUAUAUGUCACUGUAAAAAUUUGUUUUAUGGCAUAUAAAGAAUGUUUAUAACUUGUGUACUCUUCUGCUAGGACUAGAGUUGCUUAUUUAACACAUUUAUGGGUUGUGAUUACAAUUUUCCUUUUCAUGCAACAUAACUAGUCUGCAAACAACCCUAAAAAAUGUUUUUAACAAGGUGAUUAUUACGGCAAUAACGCACGUGUCCCCAGUGAUCAAUAGAGGAAAUACCAUCUGUUUUCAUAAAACAGCAAUUGUGCCAGAGUUCAUAGGUUUUUCCUCAGGACGGAGAUAAAAAGCAUUUCCACAGACACAAUGACAUAUUAUUCCCUCUGUCUGUCUAAUACAUCCUUUCCUGUGCAGGGGAUAUUUGUGCAAUGUGUAAAAAGGUGUGCAAGAACACUGGAAGAUAUGUAUUUACUAAAUAUUAAAGUUCAGUACAACGGCACACACAGCUUCACUGUAACUGCAGAAAAGUGUAGAAUUUGAAUUAAUAUUUUACUAAGAUUAAUAUUUUUAUGAAGUGUAUUUAGUUGGGCUCUGGAUAAAAUACUCCUGAAUAUAGAGCAAGUUAAUAAAUGGUGUUUUCUGCUGUUAAGACAAUGGCAGACCUUUGACUUUUUUUUUUUUUUAACCAAGUCCUGCCCCUAUUGUCUCAAAUGGUCCUUUUCUGCAGAUAUCCGCAAUAUCAGGAAUAAAUAACAUUUUAUGUUAAAAUAACCAAGCUGGAAGAAAAACAGUGUUUCAUAUUUGGCCGAUAAUGUUCUCUUCUCUUGUCAAUUCUACACAUUCCCUGGUUUUGUGAAUGAAUCCAUUCUUAUACUCAGAGAGAAUAGUCUCCAGUGUUUGACAAUAACAUUUCCUGCUAAUCCAAUUAAGAAGACUUGUAUCACUUUUAUCACAUUAUUAUUACAUUAUAUAGCACCAACAUAUUCUCCUGCACUUUACUAUUACAUUGAGGGGUAAGAAAAGCCUUAUUCAAAUGAGUUUACAAAUCUAUGGAAGGCGGAUAUAUAGCAUUAGGUGUCUUGCCUAAGGAAAGGACACUUGGUGGCAAAGUGGUCUGGCUGGGAUUUUGUAUCUGGUCUUCCAAGUUCUAAGGCACUGAACAUUACUACUACUCUAUGACUUUAGAAGACAAGACUGUCAAGUAAAGUAAUCUUAAAGGACAAAUGUUACCUCAACUGUCACUAUUUUUUUCAUAUAAUAAGCCUAGCUUCCAAUCAAGUUUUAAAACAAAAAAUAUAUAUUUUUAAAUGAAUUAUAUGAAAAAAAAAAUCCCAUCUCUACCUUUAGUAUACAACAGGUUCCUACGGCCAAAUACAUGGACUUUGGGUCAGGCAGUGCUUGUACACCAACCACAGUCUCUAUGGUCUUUCCUGCUUCUGUGCAGUGAGUAAAGUAGGGAAGAUCAUAGAGACCAACAGUCAGUUUUAAAUCCCUGUCCUAUCAAAGAUGCAUGUAUAUGGCUGAAACAUCCUGUCAUAUGUAUAUGGAUAGAUUUGGAUUUUUUUAUUUAAAGUAUACUUCAUUUAAAAAAAAAAUAUUUCCUUUCAAAGAGUUUUAUUAGAUUAAACCAUAUUUUUUUGUGACUGUUGUCUUCUAGUAUUCACCGCAGGAUAGGGACUCAAUGGACCACCUGAUCAUAGGCCAAGCAGAAGUAGGGGCAAACAUUUUAAAGCUGAAAGAGAGAAAGCUUUGCUGGGACACUUGUAAGAAAGCAUGGCGAUAGAAAUAUUCACUGCUCUGGAACUCUUGAGAAGGCAAACCGGAGUAUUUCUAGAGUAUUAAAGGAAAACUUUAGUGUUCGAAAUAUAAAUAAGUCCCUCAGCUUUGGGUUGGGCUCCUCCCUGGCUUUUAAGCAGACAGCAGGUUUUGUUACUUCCUGGUUGUUUCGCUCAAUGGAGCUAACCUCAAGCAGCAGGCAAUUGCCCAGAGCACCUGCCUUCUCAUUGAGCUGUAUUGGGAAGUCUCUGGACAGCCAGAGAAAGUCUGGGCUGGGUUAGAUGUGGAGGUAUUGCAAAGGCUGCAGGCAAGAAAUGGCAGGUUUUGCAAGCUGUUUUGUUUCAUGAUCAAUUAAAAAAAAAAAAAGCAUAAUUAAAUGCAUGUAAGUUUUCAUUUGGAGUAUGUCUACUAAACAGUGAUUAAAUUGAAUUUCCCUUUAAUAUUUCUGAGGCUACAACUAUUAGAAAUAGCAAGUGUUUAACGCCCAAUGCUUGCUAAAUUGGCAUCUGAUAUAGAUUUCAUUACCUUUACAGUGUUAGGGAAUCAAAAUUUGUAAAAUGCAAUGUAACAUACAAUAGACAGGAUCCCUCAGAGUGACCACUGGAAUUCACACAUAUCAAAACACUGCUAUUAUUAAACAAGUUAGUGGCUUAUAAACCACAGAUUUUCAUUCCUGAAUGCCUUUUAAAAACAUUCUUACUAUGGAAAAGUUAACACAUAGACACACAUAAAUAUACAUUUAAACCACAGUUUUAAAACAUAUAAACACACACAUUUGUUUAUAGGCACUCUUAUUUAAAACAAUAUGCUAUCACAUGAAGCUUUGCAAACACAACUACAUCUUUGUGUUCACAUUUUCCCCCAAUUCCUUUGCUAAUGUGUAAAUCAUUCUGCUUUCUUUAUUAUAAAUAGCAUUAGCCUGCAAUGAUUUGUGUCACGGAGGAAAGACAUGGGUGGCUUCAGUCUCUGCAUCUGUUUAACCGUGUGCCUAAAUUUAUGAAGCGUGAUAACACAACACACCCUAUAGCUCCUUAAUGUGUAUUUUGUUCUGAAACUUCAAUGUGGUAUAGAAUUCUUCAAUCAGUAUGCUAACCUUGGCUUUCCAGAUGUUUGUGUACUACACUUCCCAUGAUGCUCAGCUAUGUAGUUUAGCAAAUGAAUUAGAUGUUGAUGUUAGCUACCUUCAACUUUUAAAAUUAUUGACAGUGACCAUAAAGCUUUACAUAUAUAAUCGAUAUCUACUAGACCUACAAUUGAGAUUGAAUUCUGGUGAUACAUAUAGAUAUUGGAGACCUCCAACAGUUGUAAUCACUACUGUGAUAGGAGUGUGAAAUGUCUCUAGACAAUAUGCUAAUUUGUACAAUUUCAUUAGUUAUUUAGAAAAAAAGGUCCUGAACAUGGAAGACAAGCACACAGCACAACUCCAGUCGAUGAAAGAAGAAAAGGAUAAACUCCAGGUCCUGGUGCUCAAGCAAAAUACUAUUAUAGAGGAGCUAGAGAAGCAGCUAAUUACCGCUUCGGCAAAUAACUCGUUCCUCCAAAAACAGCAGCAUGAUUUGAUGGAGACUGUACAUAAUCUGUUGACAAGGAUGUCACCACAUGAUGGUAGGUAUUAAUAAAGGCCUUGUCUAAGACAUUGGCAGGCCACCUCUAACAACCAAAAUACUACAAUUUACAAUUUAGGGUUAUUAUGAUACUUAGUUGAACAACAUUGAAUGGUACCUUCUGACAACCUGUCUUUAGUGGAGCAAUACGUGCUAGACGUUUACAUGGUGUUUUAUGAUAUGUAAGAAGAUGGCUAAUGGUCUAGGAUGACAUACAUUCUUUAAUCAAGUUGUUGGAAUAUAAUUGUACAAUCUGUUGUAGCUCAUGAGUGUCCCAAUUUGGCUCGCAAACUGUUGGACACUCCUGAGCAACAACAGUGUAGGUAUUAACGCUACAAGAUCCAAAGAGUGAGCAAUGCAUUGCAUUCUGUAGAAGCAUCUCGUUCCCAUUGUGCACGUGAAAGAUUAAUAGCAUAUGUCACAUAUAGUAAAAUACGUUUUAGAUGUUUUAUGUCUACUCUGAGAAAAGCUUUGUUUUUAUGAUUGUUUCACUAUAGCAAAGCGCCUGAUGGAAAAAGCUGUAGAAAAUAUUAAAAUUAAUGCACUGGUGAAAACAAAGUUUUGGACGGAGCUGUUGUAUUUUUCUGGAUGAGUACCAAGCAAGAUUAGCUUAGCAGAAUAACAAAACUAUUAUUUCAAGUGUUCUUAAACUUUCCUUGGAUCAGAAACCUUAGAACAUAAUAAUUACCAGAGAGAUAUGGAGUAUUUAAUUUUAGAAAUUGACAUUGUGCCCCAAAAGAUAUCGGUAAUUAUAUAAAAGUGAAAAAAAAAAAAGCCAGAGGAAAAGAAAAUAUUAAUAAAAUGCAGAGGGAAAUUUCAAAACAUUCUAGAUGCCAAAACAGCAGGAAACAGUCUCUCUCUCUCUUUACCACCUAUAUGGAUAGAGCAGCAUAACGUCCAGUACAAUAUGUGAGGUCUGCCAAUGUUUACGCUGCCAUUUUCAUUGCUGCCCCAUUCUUAGCUUGCUACAAAUAGGACUUGAUUUUACUCAUACUUACACUGAUUAGCCACAAUAAUAAAACCACCUGCUUCAUAUUGUGUAGGUCCCCCUCGAACUGCCAGAACAGCUCUGAUGGAUUGAAGCAUAGGCUCCACAAGACUUUUAAAUAUGUCCUGUGGUUUCUGGCACCCAAACAUUAGCAGCAGAUCCUUUAAGUUGCAAGUUGCAAGGUGGGUCCUGCAAGGAUCGGAUUUGUUGUUCUAGCACUUCCCACCAAUGCUGUUGUAUUGAGAUCUGGGGAAUUUUUGCAUUGUGGCAGGGUGCUUUAUCCUGCUGAUAGAGACUUCUCAUCAGGGAACACCCUUGUCAGGAAGGGUGUACAGUCUUCUGUUGCAAUCUCUAGGUAAGUGGUAUGUGUCAAAGUAACAUCCACAUGAAUGCCAGGCAACAAGAUUUCCCAACAAAACAUUGUCGAGAUCAUAACACUGCCUCCGCUGGCCUGCCUUCUUCCCAUAGUGCAUCCUGCUUCCAUCUCUUUCCUAGGUAAUCGACAAACACGCACCCAGCCAUCCACCUGAACUGAGAGAAAACAUGAUUCAUCAGACCAGGCAACCUUCUUUCAUUGCUCCAUGGAUCAGUUCUGAUGCUCAAGUCCCCACUGAAGGCACUUUAGGUGGUAGGCAGGGGUCAUCAUUGGCACUCUGACCAGUCUGCAGCUAAGCAGCCUUAUACUUGGCAAAAUAUGAUGCACUUUGUGUUCUGACACCUUUCUAUCAUGGCCAGCAUUAAGUUGUCUUUUAGCUAUUUGAGCUACAGUAGCUCUUCUGUUUAAUUGGACCAGAUGGACUAGCCUUUGCUCCCCGUGCAUCAAUGAGCCUUGACCCUGACACUGGUUCCCUGAUUUUCCUUCCUUGCACCACUUUUGGUAGGUACUAACCACUGCACACCAUGAACACCCCACAAGACUUGCCAUAUUGGAGAUGCUCUGAUGCAGUCGUCUAGCCAUCACUAUUUGUCAAAGUCUCUCAGAUCUUUCCGCGUGCCCAUUUUUCCUGCUUUCAACACAUUAAACUGACUGUUCAUUUGCAGCUUAAUAUAUCCCACCCCUUGGCAGAUGACAUUAUAACAAUAUAAUCAAUGUUAACUUCACAUGUCUGUAGUUUUAAUGUUGUGGCAGUGUACGGCCUUCGCAACAUAUGUACAGCAUCCAGUGAUAGGAAACAGCCCUACUUGUACUUAUUAUCACUUAUGAUCUACAAUCCAAUUUCUAUAAGUUGGCUGUUAAAUGGACAACAAUCAAUAAUCUGCUUUUCUAGAAGACAUUUAAUUUCUAAAGUCAGAUAACAUAUUUGCCUUCAGAGGUCAACAACAGCAUAGUUGAUUGAUCAUUUUUCCAAAUAUACUUUAAUAUACUAUAAAAUCUGUCAACAGUAUCAUAGUAUCUUUUUCAUAUCUAAAGUUUCACUUGAUAUUUCCAAAACUAUUGAUAUAUGCUACACUGUACAAUCAGCAAAUUAAACAAAAAACUUAAAGGGCACUAUUUUCAACAGCUUAGUGUUAAAAGCAUGGUCUAAAAGUAUAUUUUAAAUCAGUGCAUGUAGAUCAUGGAUGUCCAAAAUAAAUAUUUUAUAUUGGAUUAACAUAUUACAAAGACAAACACUGAUCCCCUCACUUGUGAUAGCAUAACAUUAUACAGAGUGGAUAGUGAGUUUAUCCAUGUACACUCACGGUAAAAUUAGGUUUUAAAAAGGAGUUGAUAAAGAUCUGCCCAGCAACAAACUACAGUGAUAUUUAUAGAUGGAGAAAAAAUUAAAGCCCUGUAUCCUACUUUGUGAGACCAAGAAGUCUGAUACUGUUACUAUAGCAAACUAUCAACUAUGUAUAAUUAUGGUACUUAGUGAAUAGAAAAUAAACAGUGUUUGCAGUGCUUUGCUUGAAACUCUACCACAUACUAACUAUUUUAAAUUGUACUUUAAACAUUUCCCAGACUGUUGGCCAGUGAGUGAAAGUCACUAGACAAUUAAUAAACCCAUUACAAAGUUCAAUAACAAGAAAUGCAUAAAAAUAAUUAUUGAAAAUGGCACAACACAUCUGUUUGUCAGAUAUUAAAGUGUCACAUAUUGGAGAGUUCCACUAUCGUGCAAGAAACAUUGGUCUGUAUUAAAUUUUAGCACAGGUUCUAGUGGUUCUUGGAUCAAGUGCCAAAUUCGGGUCCCCAUGUAUUUGCAAUAGGUCCCUAACAGCCAUUAUUUAAAUACUGUUGCAGCAUUGCCUUCUCCAAUGCUAAAAACGCACAAUGACAUUUGUUAUACAUAUAUUACACUAUAGCUGUAGAAAGAAUCAGCGAGGUAACCUUAAAAUCAAACAAUUAUCAAUUUAAUUUCAUGUACAUAAUGUGGGUUGGUGUGUAACAUGAAAAACUAGUGCUGUAUAGAGGUACUACUACUCUGGCUACACUUGUGCUAUAGUAUAUACAUUUUACUACAUCAUUUGGAGUUGAGUCCUACAGUAUGCACCAGAAAGCACUGCUUGAGGUGCAUUUCAAUCGCAUAAAGUUUGUCAUUUGAAGACUGAUAUUUUAUGUCCAUUUCUGGCCCAUAUCUUUGAAUAUGAAAGCAGUGCAGGACAUUAUUACUACCAUACAAUAAUACUAAUAGCACAGACAGACGGCUAAAACAAAACAUAGAAAUGUUUAAAUUAAUUGAAAUGAUCUUGUUAUGUGGCAUUACUAAACACCAAUGUUAUCAUAAAUGUCUGUUUCUAGCACCCAGAGCCUCAUUCGUAGUAAAAGAAGAGCAAAUAACAUUUAAAGACUGUGCUGAAGCCUAUAAAUCAGGACUAACUACGAGCGGUAUCUACACCAUAACUGUGCCUAAUACCACAGAGCAGGUCAAGGUAAGAGCAUACAGAAAAUACUUACAGUGAAUGACAAAAAAAAAGCUUGGUCACAAUUACAGCUUAAACUUUGGUCACCAUAAAAUCUGCCUUAAACACCUAUCAGAUGACAACUGGAAACAGGUCAUCUAAUGGCAAUACACAGCUGGGAAUGGCUAACACAAUUAGUGCCAUUACACUGAGAACAUAGAGUGCUUUUAUUACAAUUGUGCCCAAUAUAUCCCCACAUGGACCACCCAUCUCUUGCACAUGCUCUGUUCAAAUAUUUACUAAAUUCCUUAAACAGAUCUAAAACAGACAUCUAAAAUAAUAUGUAAUAUUGUUUGCUCUCCAUAAUAUGUACAUGGUCUAUAUUGGUGGUGAGACAUACCUCCCAUUCCACUCAAGUAAUGAGAUCUGUCUUGGCUUAGUCUUAAGAGGUAGCAACGUCGUAUAUACUCUAAGGUCUCUAACACGUAGUUCAAGAUAAAGAUAUCUGGAUCACUGGAUUUUCUGAUUGAUUGUCAGUAUGACCAUUAUGUUUAACACAUGAUAUAUUGGACAAGAAUUUGGCCAAGGACUUCCUUUAAAAGGACUGCCUGAUACACAGAGGGUAUUGGGAAUGACUAGACUAAAUAAUGGGACAACCUUAAGGGUAAUGCCAAGAAAAUAUAGCAACUACAACAACAAAUCUUAAGAGUGCAAAAUAACAGCUAUAUUAAACAUUAGAUUAUAUUUGGCCAAAAAGAAUAGGCUGUUCAGAGAUGUCUUGAUGCUGCUUGGACAGUCUGUUCUUAUAUUUAUAUAGUGGGUUUUCUUGGACGCCUAUUAACAAAAUUAACAAGCAAUUAUAUAACUGAUAUAAAUUGACUGUAUUUAAAAUCAGUGAACAAAGGCAUUAUUAAGCGCAACCAAAUUAAAAAAUAAGCACAUUUCUUUUUUUGUUAGGAAUAAAAAGCCUUUAAUUAAGAUAUCAUGUAUUGGCACUACUUAGAUUAUAGUCAGAAUUGUAAUGUUGAUCAAGCUUGAGUGGCUGACACUUUGUAUGAGUAAUAGUAACAGAGCACUACCAUUUUCCCAGUCAAGUUUUAUUUUAAAUAAUGAAUUCUAUCCAUAGUGCAGAGAAUAAUUUGUACCAUGGUCAGUGCAUUAAAUUUAACCUGUCUUCAAAAUGAAUUAUCUGCACAGUGCAUACUGAAUAACUUUGAUGGGGUGGAGGAUUUAAUGCAUAGCAUAGAUGGCCAGCCUUUUCUAAGAGACGAAGUGAAGCCUGUGUGCAAACUGUAUGUGUUCUUGCUUGAGCUGAGCAUUACUCACUAAAACAUUGCCAGCUAUGUGCAUGGAGCACAUCUGUUUAUCCAAUCCACUUCCUGUUUAUCCAAUCCCCACAAACUGGACUUGGUAACCACACGAUCACACAACAGGCAAUCAUAAGUCACAUAGCUAUGAUUACAGAUAUGAUUGGCCCAGAAGUAUUGCUAGUGUGUCCAAAAUACAUCUGCAGGGUGUGUUGGCUUACAAUGAUCAAAUGCACUCACGUUACGUUCUGGUGGAUCACAUCUGAUGCUAUGACCCUUAUCUUUCUUGUAAGUAAAUGCGUAAAUCUUUAUUAUCUGUGGAGACUCUACUAUUGCUGAUGUCCUCAUGACAGAUGGUUUAUUGUAGUUCUGGUGAUUAGAGCAUUGUAGCAUUGAAGCCCUUUAUUUAUUAAGCUCUGAAGGACUGACAUUUUUUACUUGUUUAUUUUUAUGAUGUUCUUCAUGCAUGCAGUGAACAACUAGUCUAGCCAGACAUAUGGGAGCCGGGUGCCCGUCCUAUAAUCUGCCAGUUACCUCUUCAUUCCAGAGGAAACCACAACAACUAGUUCCUAUUAGUAACCUAAAGAGAAUCAAAAGAGGAAAGCGUAUUUGGCCUGCAGCAGUUUAAUAUAUAAUCUGGGGCUAGCUUUAUUGCUAUGCAUCUGUAAGUCAUUUAACACCUUGGCUGCUCUAGGGUUUUAAGAAAAUUGGCAAGUGAUUGAUUUUGUUUCUUUCAACAACGUCUAUAAUUAAUGUAUGUUGUGUUGUUUUGUAUACCUGAUUACAGUACUAUAUGAUUUCCCCAUGUCAAAUCACUGACAAGUGAGAUAUUGCUUUAACAGGCUGCAUGUAAAUUGCAGAACUACGGUAAUUGAAUUACUUCUUUUGAAUAGCAAAAGGGCAGUGCAUUUCGAGUUUCUCAUGCAAACUCUUUUUAAUAGCUCUUGUGAAUUGUGUUUUAGUGACUCCUGGGAAUCACAAUAUGGCAUGUACAACAUGACCACUCAAAUCCUAAAUGAAAUUAUGUGGAAACAUGUUCUGCAACCAUUUAAUACAUCACGUUCUGCUAACAUCAGGUUUUUACCGACAAGUAGCUCUGAAGUAAAUAUUUGUGAUCAAAUACUAUUUAUAUAUACAAUGUAGUGUGUUGACGUAACACUUGUCAAGGCUAAUAUAUACUGCUCAAAAAAAUAAAGGGAACACAAAAAAUAACACAUCCUAGAUCUGCAUGAAUUAAAUAUUCUUCUGGAAUACUUUGUUCUUUACAUAGUUGAAUGUGCUGACAACAAAAUCACACAAAAAUUAAAAAAUGGAAAUCUAAUUUUUCAACCCAUGGAGGUCUGGAUUUGGAGUCACACUCAAAAUUAAAGUGGAAAAACACACUACAGGCUGAUCUAACUUUUAUGUAAUGUCAGAAGACAGACAAAGAAAAGUCAAAGGAACAAGCCCGGGUCAAGAAACACAGAAUGCUGGGACAACGAUAAGCAGGUCAAGUCAGUAACCAAAACAAUUACUCGGAAUAAUGAAUACACUUUCAGAUACUAGAAAUCACAGUAGGGCAAAAUACCUUAAAAUUGAUUUUCCUUGGUCUGUGCCAAAUUGACGCAAGAACUUAUGCGACCUAUGUCGACAAAAUAAUGCAGAUGGCAGGGGCUCAAAAAAACAAUGUAGGUUGGACUGGUCAUAAAUGGAUGCAGGAAUGGCGUGGUCCGCGUCAAAAUCUAUUCCAGAAUGACAUAACUUUCCUUGGUGAAACAUAUUUGUGAACUACACUCCCUCAAUCCAUAAAUCAUUCCCCAGCUGUCAGGAUCCGGUUUGAAACCAAGCCUCCCCUGCAAUUUUCCAGUUUUAGGUAUGUGAGUGCACACACCAUGCAAGACAUUUGCGCACAUGUGAACACACAGAUACACAAAUAUGCACACUCAAACAUGUGCACAGGCACUCAAACUUUCUCAUGACUAUUCACAUGGAGGGCUUCCAUUAUGCUGAGCACUUCGAUCACAUGGUAGACAGUGGCGCACCCACUUUUUGAAUGUAACUAUAGUUUAUGUGAACUCCAAACCUUUCAUUGGUAGUUGCCCAUCUACUUCACUAAGACUGUCCUCUUCUUUCACAUAUCUGAAAGGAGUUCCUAGCUACAGUUAUAUCUACAUGUAUUAUUAUGAUUGCCAUUUAUAUAACACCAACAGAUUCCGUAGCGCUUUACAAUAUUAUAAGAGGGGGGAUUUAUCUAUAAAUAGGACAAUUACAAGAAAACUUACAGGAUAGAUAGGUUGAAGAGGACCCUGCUCAAAUGAGCUUACAGUCUACAGGAGAUGGGGUGUAAAACAUGAUAGGACAGGAAAUAGCAAUCAAAUAAGGUGGGAGUGAAGCAGAGCUGGAGGAGAGAGUAGAGUGCUGCCCUUUAGGAGAGAGCAAGAGACAGGUUUGUGAGGUAGCAGUUACUCUGGGAGGCCUUAAGCUUUCCUAAAGAGAUGGGUUUUAAGGCACUUCUUAAAUGAUCAAAGACUAGGGGAGAGUCUGAUGGCAGUAGGCAGACUAUUCCAUAGGAAUUCCCGCGAGAAGUCCUGCGUGCGCGAGUUGGCCAUACGGGUGCAAGCAGCAGACAGGAGGUCAUGAGCAGAAUAGAGAGACCGAGAAGGGGCAUAUCUAUGGACCUGUUAAGUGAUAUAAGAGGGGCUAGAUGUGAUCAGUGCUUUAUAGGAAUUGACUCCUACAGGAUACAGGAAGCUAUAAGAUGUAAGGACUGACAGAGGGGUGAGGUGUGAGAGGACAGACUAGAGAGGAAAAUCAGUCUGGCAGCAGCAUUCAUUAUAGACUGUAGCGGGUACUGGGGUCAAUAUUAGGAGGAGGAAAGACAAGGAGCUCAGUUUCAAAAAGUCUGAGGACAUCCAGUAAGAGAUGGAAGAAAGACAAGCAGUGACACGUUGCAGGACGGCAAGGGAGAGGCAUGGGGAGGAGAGAUAUAGCUGGGUGUCAUCAGCAUACAGGUGGUAGUGGAAUCCAAAUGAGGUAUUAUUAUUAUUAUGAUAUUUAUAGAGCGCCGUCAAAUUCCGCAGCGCUUUACAAUGGGUGGACGAACAGACAUGUAGUUGUAACCAGACAAGUUGGACACACAGGAACAGAGGGGCUGAGGGCCCUGCUCAAUGAGCUUACAUGCUAGGGGGAGUGGGGUAAAAUUACAUAAAAAGGUAAGGAUAGUAUUAGACUAGAGACAGUUGCAGAAGAGGAAUCAGUCAGGAGCUAUUAACAGUUUAAUUGAUACGCUUUUAUGAAGAAGUGGGUUUUUAACGAUUUUUUGAAGGAGUGGAGACUGGGUGAGCAUUUAACGGAGGAGGGAAGCGAGUUCCACAGGAACGGUGCAGCCCUCGAGAAAUCUUGAAGGCGAGCAGAGGUGGGAGUACGGACAGAAGAUAGACGUAAGUCUUCAGCAGAUCGUAAGGGCAUAGACGGGACAUAAUUGUGUAUAAGGGAGGAUAGAUAGGUGGGAGCAGCAUUAUGUAGAGAUUUGAAAGCAAGAUCCAGAAUUUUAAAUUGAGCUCUAUAUUUUAUAGGAAGCCAAUGUAGGGACUGACAGAAGGGUGAGGCAUGGGAGGUGCGGGCAGACAGGAAGAUGAGCCUCGCCGCCGCAUUCAUAAUAAGUUUGCCAAGAGAGGCAGUAUAAAGAGAAAAUAGAAGGGGACCAAGGACAGAGACUUGGGGGACACUAACCAAGACAGGACAAAGGGAGGAGGUAUCAUUAGAAAAGGAGACACUAAAUGAGCGUUGGGAGAGAAGGGGAAACCCAAGAGAGGACAGAGUCACAGAGACCUAGUGAUUAAAGAGUUUGAAGAAGGAGAGCACGAUCAACGGUGUCAAAGGCAGCAGAGAGGUCAAGAAGAAUUAGUAUGGAGUAGUGGCCUUUGGAUUUAGCUGCGAUUAGGUCGUUAGUAAAUUUGAUAAGAGCAGUCUUAGUAGAGUGGAGGGCAAAGGUAAUAACCCUCUAUAAGAAUUGCACUCUUAGAGUCAUUGUUAAUAUAGACUUUAUGGCGUGCAUAUUUGCGGAUUAUCAAGUUUUGAUAUUUGUCUUGCAAGUAGAAAGUAAAUUAAUUCAAAGACCUGGGCGCUUUCAUUCACCAAAUUAAUUUUAAAGAGGUGAUAUGAGUUAUGUUUUUCUUUCUCUUCAAGUUCAAAAAUUGCAUGAAUUAGUUCAACCUACAUUAUAAAACAUAGGUUCAAUCCAUACUGAUUAUUUUCUUUUUUGUUUAUCAUUUAAUGUCUAAGACUAAUAGUUAUGACCAAAAAAAGCACACAUUCAACAAAAGAAGAAAAACAGAAACUGUACUUCUCUUCCAGGAAAAUAAUCUUACAAUAUUAUGCAAUAAAUACUCUUUGUACAUUUCCAGUAAAAAAAAAAAAAAUCAUGGAAGAAAUUUUAAAUCAGGCCAAUUACUAGAUUACUUAGAUAUUACUAGGUUACUAUUUAAUAUAAUGAAGUAUAUAAUGCAAUUUAUUGGAAUUAUCGCUGUCAUAUUUCGAUUUUUUAAUAGUAGGAAAUGUUUUAAUAAAAUCAUCUUGCACAACUUGGUAAUGGGCUCCGCCACUUUAUAUAUUUCAUGUGCACUUUAUAUAUCUUAUGUAACGCAAAAAGAAAAUCAGGAAGGCUUUUUCCAAAAGUUUCUAUAAGUCAGGGAGAUGACCCAAUAUUGAUUUCAGCAUGGAAUUGUCUAGGGCAGGCAUAGGCAACCUUCAGCACUUCAGAUGUUUUGGACUAGCCCUCUCAUGAUGCUUUGCCGGCAUUCUGGGUGUAAGCAUUAUGGGGAAUGUAGUCCAUGACAUCUGGAGUGCCGAAGGUUGCCUAUCCCUGGUCUAGGGGGUAUACAAGGAAUUUGGCUUUUAAAUGACAAUGGAAUUAUAAAGAUAUUUAAAUGUACUAGCAUUCACUCAUUUGGCUGUUCCAUGUAGUGAAGAUAUAAGUGAAACUAUAAUAAUAACUAUAAUAUUUAAAAAUUAAAUCUAAGUAUGUAUAAUAUAUGAGCAUUCACAGGACUGUGCCAAAAAUAUAUUCCAUAAAUAAAGUGUCACAUAUCAUCAACAUCAAUGUUUUGGAACACACUGGUUAUUGGAGAUAUAUAUCAUCAAUUAAUCACAUUUCAUGUUUACAAAAACAUUUUGCUAUUAAAAUAGAUGACCAAUGCUACACAUCUAAACCUGCAAAUGGCAACUACGAAGUCCAUUGAGAAAUAGGUGCCUGUAAAUUCAUUACAACCUAUAGGAAUUAUCAUUAGAAUAGGAGAAUGAUGGCGAGGGAUAUAAACAUUAAUUAUCUGUCUGUCCUUACAAUAUAUAAAAAAAAGAUGUAACUGCCCCUCACCCCUUCCCCCCCCCAAAAAAAAAACCCAACAACUAUUAAUUGUGAUAAUUUUUACACCUAUAAAACUAGUCUUUAUAAAUAUUUUUAUCUGGAUCAGUAGACAACAGCCUUAUUGGAAGCAGUGUUUACAACCAUCAUUGCAGCAUUGUGUGUUUGGAACAAGUUUCAGGAAUGCUACUUUAGCUAUUUAAACCGGAGAUCCUGUUAUUCCUCUCUGUUUUCCAUUGUUUAGAAUUAUUCGGCUUGCGUCUAUGAGAUGCUACCCAACAAGAACCUGAGUUUAUUCCAGCUUUCACACUUGUUUUUUCCUAACUAGCUAUAUGGCUUCCUAAGUACCAUGCCCCAUGAACUGUAAGGCCAUGGUAAAAGGGAAGUGCAAGAGCAUUCUUUAUUUGGUCCAUACGAGGUGAAAACAACCACCUUAUAAAAUGCAAAACAUAUGGAAAAAAACACAAGAGCUGCUUCUAGUUGGUUACUUUGCAAAACAACUGAAAUCAGAUCAUCAAACCCCAUUCAAGUUAUUAAAAGCCUAGUAUAAAUGAAAGAAUGGAAAAUAUUUGGCAUGGACAAUAUACCUGAAGUAAAACUUAACCCACUGCAAGGUUUUUGCAAUUUACCCUUCGAGAAUUCUCUAGAAAGAUCAUUUAAAGGAUUUCAUACUUAUUACAAAACAUUUUGUCUUCUUAAUUUGGUUCCUGUCUUUGGAGGGACCAGAAACCACCAUAUGCUAGGUUUAUUACUACUGUUGCCUCUUGGAUUAAAAGCACACAGUUAUUUAUUUAUAUGCUGUUGCAGGAGGACCACACAUGAACAUCAAGUGACCACAAAUAAACAUGUACAAUAAGUUUUGGCUGCACACUAGUGACGCUCUUGAAACCCUGGAUUAAAAGGGGGUACCUCGGUGUUAGUCUAACGUCUGUAAUAUCAUGCAUGCAGCUACAACAGAUGGUUUGCAUGUUUUAUUAAAAAAAAAAAAAGAAAAAGAAAAAAAAAAGAAAAUAUCAAUACUAUUUUGGAACUAUACCUAAAUAUACCAGCUGUAGCUCUGAUACAGAAUGCACAACAACCACUCCACUUUGAAAUUACUCAGCUAUCUACUUUUUGUAAUGUAUGCAGAUCCGAGGCAACUUUUUAAUACAAUAAAAUGCUUUUAAACAUAUAUUUUUGUAAGUGUGAAUAGCAUUGCUAUAGAACACUCAAAUGCGAUUUACUGAAACGAUUAUUCUUAUGACAUGAUCCCCUGCUUUUGUUUAACAGACUUUCUGUGACAUGAAAACAGAUGGUGGUGGCUGGACUAUUAUUCAGAACCGUUUUGAUGGUAGUGUUGACUUUCACAGAACAUGGAAAGAGUACAAAAAGGUAAAAAAUUAUAUAUACAUAUAUAUAGACACUAUAUGAUGUGACUGAAGUAAUGGCAGCAGACUGUUCCCACCAAUCUUAGGCAAACCAAGACAUGUACGCCCCCCAGUUAAAUGAUAGCUAGUCCUAAGAAAAUCAGGCUAAAAGAUUCAUAAGUGUAAAUUGAGAAAAUGUGGUUAUGGAAAAAUAAUUCUAUUUCCGUGUUCUAGAAACAUUUAGAAACCAAUUGACAUUUGUUAUCAUGGUUUAAAAACACGUCUUGAGAAAUCCGUUAUGACAUUAUUAUCCUCUAACAAAUACUUAAAUUAUAUGAAGUAGAAUUUAUUAUAUUGUACCAUAUAAAACAUGUUCUAAUUAAUCUAAAUACUCACUGACAGUGUUAAACGAAAAAUGUUUGUCUUAUCAAGUUUAGAUCUGUUCCAGAAAUCCAUUAAUUUAAAUCUCGCUUACUCAGUGUUUGAGAACACACUGCAUUGUGUGAAUUUAAAACGAAAGUUGUUAAAGGUACACUUAAAACUAACCAUUAUAACCCCCUGCAGACGUUAUGGUGCCACAAGUGCCCUGUUCCUGUCUCAGUGCAAUCUGUCAAAUCAUUUAAGCACAGUUUGACACUUACCUGGGACUGACUAAAUGCCCAUGUUACAUUCGUCCUGCUCGUGUAUGAGAUGUAGAUGUUCAUUCAUUGGCUGAGUGCAUCGUCUUAGUGCUCUCAGUCAAUGAAUGAGUUCAACAAAUAGCUGUAUUGAGCAAACUAACAUAUAGUUUCUUUAGUUCUGAGAAGACCGGAUGCAGCAAGCAUGCUCAGCAGGAACCAGCUUAAGGCAGGGACACUGCCAGCCUGCUGUACUAGCCGUCACGCUACGAGUGUUCCAUUAACAAAUAUGUAGAUGACAAAGUCAUGCUGUUUUUUUAACAUUUAAAUAUACUCAUGAUGGAGAAAUAUAAAUGUAUAGCUUAAACUCUGUGCAUAACUAAGGACUGCUUCUAGCUCCUCCAAACGCUGGCUGCAAUUGGACGGCUUGGCUGCCCAUGCAUGAACUAUAUGUAAUCUUUACUGCUAUAGUGACAGCAUAUCAAAGGUGAAAAAAAUCAUUGAAAAAUCAAUGCAUUUCACAGCAGUUCAGCAAGCACAAUGUAUUCAUGUGAUUUUAUUUUUUUAUAUAGUAUCACCUUACUACUGUGUUUGUCAUGAUGUUUAUUUAAACAUGCAAUUUAAGAAAUGUAAUCUAACCAUGUAAGGAGGCGUUUGCUUUCAUUUAAUUAAAGGGACACUAUAGGGACAGGAACACAAACAUGUAUUCCUGACCCUAUAGUGUUUAAACCACCAUCUACCCCACCUGCCUCCCUAAAUAUAGUAAAAUUUUAUUUGUAUUCAAGUCUGCAGCUGCUGGCUCUGUCCCUGUCUGCCUCUAACCUGCCCACUGUCUGCUGACAUCAUCAGAAGUGGCAGUCUGAGCCAAUUACAAUGCUUUCCCAUAGGCUGAGACUGUCAAUGAGCAGAGCCAGCAAACGUCAAACAGCCCUGGCCAAUCAGCAUCUCAGUGUCUGCAUGCAGAGGGUGGAGACACUGAAUGGCAGUGUUGCUCACUGUGGAGCACUGCCCCAGGAAGCACCUCUAGCAGCCAUCUGAAGUAGGGCCAGUAGAGUUAUCACUAGGCUGUAAUGUAAACACUGCAUUUUCACUAAAAAGACAGUGUUUACAUCAAAACGCCUGAAGGGAAUGAUUCUACUCACCAGAACAAAUACAAUAAGCUGUAGUUGUUCUGGUGACUAUAGCGUCCCUUUAAAGGUUACAACUAUGGCUCACAGAAAGAAAAUGUAUGAAAGAAGCUCACAGUAAUUUAUAUAUGUUUUUAGACCACAGUAAUAACUAAUGUUACAGUCUUUCUGCAGAAAAAUAAUAAUGGAAUGUAUUAUACUGUCAUCAACAUUUCAGCCUGAAUUUAUAUUUUGUAAAGUCAAUUUUAAUUAAUUGUUAAAGGAAAACAGUGAUCUUUGAAGACUUUUGUGCAAAGGUCACUUUAAACCUUAUAAUUAUCAAUGAAGUUGAAAUCGAGCCAGUGUAGCUGACAGUGUUUAUCCAUGGAGGGAUGAAAAAUUUAGUAUUUAUUGUCAAGUGUUUGACUUUCUUUUUGCAAGUUUGCAAGAUCAUUAUGUCUCCACAUCUGUCUUUUCUUUGCAGUAUCAAUGUUAUGUUUAUUCUGGCUUUGUUCCACAACUAUAAUCUUUUAAUGCCAGCAUCUUCACUAAAUUCGUGCUUCUCGCAAAAUGUGUAGAAUUUUUUAAAUCCUUCUGCAUACGUGCACAGUGAGCCGUUUUAAUAGAACAGCUGUUAACAGAAGAAAAGGGUUCAAUGAUAGAAAUGGUUGCACUGCACUUCUAAAUGCUCCUAAAGCUAAGCAUAUUCCCUUUUGAUGUAUAGGGAUUUGGUGAAGCUUCAGGAGAAUACUGGCUGGGAAAUGAAAUUGUGUCCCAGCUGACAAACCUACAGAAAUAUGUUCUGAAAAUCCAAUUGAAAGACUGGGAAGGAAAUGAAGCAUUUUCCUUAUAUGAACACUUCUACCUGGGAAACGAAGUGCAAAAGUACAGGUAUGUGACAUGAGUUUAUUUCAGUAAAUCUCGAGACCCUCUUCAAUGUAGGUCCUAGUCAGAAGAACCUAUCUACUUGACCAGCAUGUGUAUUGACAAACAUGUAGCUUUUAAUUAUUACUGUGGACUUGACAGCUGAUCUCUGCAGGACUUCUGGGCUGUUUUGACCCGGCCAUGUUCAUUGUUAAAUUUCACACAGUUGAUGGGCUCAGUUAAACAUGGUGGAACCUUGCAGCUGCAGUUUAAGAGCUGUGCUAUCAUAUGACUGUCCAAUUGGCGUCUCUGUGUGACAGAACACAAUGGGACUUUCAGAACCAAAAUAAACGCUGAAUUGAGCUUUGAGCAAUAGAGAAAUAAUUGUGUAAAUUUGUAUUUGUUAAACUUUGCUUCACUUAAUCUGAGCUGUCCAUAUUUUAGCUAUGCUAUUUAAAAAAUAGGUAACAAUGAAUGUAAAUCAGGAUACCAUAUCCACCAUGUUUCCCAGGACACACAUAAUUAAUACAAAUAUAUAUAUAAAUUCUACAUAAUACAGGGCGGCAUUUUCACACAGGAAAACAUGAAAGAUAUGGCAACCCUACAUAUACAUUCAUCUCUUGGAUCCUGGAGGAUUUUCUUUCAAGACUGUGGUAUAAUCAGAAUUAGAACAAUCGCAGUAAUCAUUGAGCAAUGAUGUUUAGAAGUGUUAAUUUGGGUUAUUUUAUAUAGAAAUCUACUGAUGCACACAUUUCAAAACUAAUAUACAGUUUUGCUCAAAAGUUUGCAUACCCUUAGAGAAUUUGUAAUAUAUGUACCAUUUUUUAAGAAAACAUGAGAGAGCAGGCAAAACAUUUAUUUCUUAUGGGAUUCAUAUUCAACUGUAGGUUAUAACAGAAUGGCACAAUCAUAAAACAAAACAUGUCAACAAAGAAAAAAAUGAAAUGACACCUGUUCAAAAGUCUGCAUACCCUUAGUUCUGAAUAUUGUUUAUUGCCCCCUUUAGCAUCAAUUACAGCGUGCAGUCUUUUGUAAUAGUUGUCUAUGAGGCCCCUAAUUCUUGCAGGUUGUAUAGCUGCCUAUUCGUCUAGGCAAAAUGCCUCCAGGUCAUGCAAAGUCUUUGGUCGUCCUACAUGAACCGCACAUUCAAGAUCUCCCCAGAGUGGCUCAAUGAUAUUAAGGUCAGGAGACUGUGAUGGCCACUCCAGAACCUUCACCUUUUUCUGCUGUAACCACUGUCAACUUGGCCUUGUGCGUCGGGGCCAGUGUCAUGCUGGAAAGUCCAAGAGCUUCCCAUGCGCAGCCUUCGUGCAGAAGAAUGCAAAUAGUCUGCCAGUUUUUUUCUGACAAAUUGCUGCAUUCAUCUUGCCAUCAAUUUUUUACAAGAUUCCCCGUGCCUUUAGAGCUCACAGUGGGGAUGGUAUUUUCACCAUAACCUUGUUGACCCCUCUCCAAACAUAGCGCUUAUGGUUGUGACCAUAAAACUGUAUUUUGGUCUGGAUGAUCAGUCAUAUUUUUAAAAUCAAUGCCAACAUUUCACAAUUUCUGCCAGGGUAUGCCAACUUGUGAGCACAACUGUAGAGAUUUUCUCUUAAAUAUGCCUAACUUGCACCUAAAUCCUUUAAUCCUUGCUUUUCCUUCAUAUUAAAGAUAGGCGAUAUGUCACAUUGAAAUUAAAAAGCUUGCCGCUUAAAAUAGGAUUUGACAAAGCAUCAAAACUCAUUCUGUGUUCAGAAUAUUUGGUUUUAAAUAUUAUAGGUAUAAUAAUACUACUACUUACAUGUUCUACGAAUAAUACACUAUAUGUGGUCACUCAUGCUUGCAGAUAUAACAAUUUGUAAUUAUUAUUAAAAUGGCUUAAUAUGUAGUGUGACGUAGCGCAGUUCAGGAAACCAACUCUGCCUAGAUUUUCCGGGAUUGAUAAAUUGUAUACCAUUAUUUUAGAUAAUUGUAACAUCUUCAUUAACUGCCAGUACAUUUAUAUUCGAAAGCAAGUUCAACAAAAGGAAAAGCUCUCUGUAAAUUAUAAAAGCUGAAAUAAACUUCUUAAAAUAAAUGUAUAGGUUUUUAUUGGAUGGAGGAUAAAGUGAAUUUAUAUAUCUCACAAUGAAAUCACCAGAGCGGUAAUUAACAUUUCUAUUAUUGACUAUUUUGUUUCCAUACUGGGUAUUUACCUACAAAUUGACUAUGCAAGUCAAAUUUAUAUAAUUACAAAUUGUUCUACUUCACCCUAGGAAAUCACAACAAAAUGUGACUGUCUCCAUUCCAAACUAAACAUAUUUUAUUCAUUUGGCAUGAGUUAUAACAAUUUAUUUUUAAGCAAUACUUUCAAAUUCUUAUAAAAGCAAAAGGACACUACAGGGCCAUUUACCAGCACAGUUCAAGAGUAAAUACCACAGAUUAAGAAGCUAAGACGGCAUUUCCUCUUGGAAAAAAAGAAAAAGCAAAUGUUUGGUGCAUCAUAAAAAAAUGUAUAAAUAGCUACGAAUUUAUCUUUGUGACAACUGGCUUGCAUUAAUUCAUAUGUGCAUGUAACCCUGUGAGGAAAAUCACACGGUAUGGGUUAAAAAUUACAGUCUAAGCUUAAAUAAUGAAAAGUCUCAAUACCAAAAACUACACUAUAUUUAGUGUUAGGGAAUUUAUGAGACUUGGAUUGUAUCAUUUUUGGUUCUAUUUGAAUGGUGAUAUUAAUGUAUAAACACAACAGGAAAUUCAAAUUAGAUGUACUUAAUAUAAUAUGGAUUAGCCAAAUAUAACGGGAAACGUAAAUUAAAGGGACACUAUAGUCACCAGAACAACUAGAGCAUAUUGUAUUUGUUCUGAUGAUUCUGGGGAACUCUCCUCCCUCUUCCGACGUCAGUGCUGAAUGCGCAAGAGCCGCGAGCGCAUUCAGUCAUUCCAUAGGAAAAGCAUUUCUCAAUGCUUUCCUAUGCACGUCAGCGUCUUCUCACUGUGAUUUUCACAGUGAGAAGUGCGGAAGCGCCUCUAGCGGCUGUCAAUGAAACAGUCACUAGAGGCUGGAUUAACCCUAUUGUAAACAUAGCAGUUUCUCUGAAACUGCUAUGUUUACAGCUGCAGGGUUAACCCUAGAUGGACCUGGCAUCCAGACCCCUUCAUUGAGCUGAAGUGGUCUGGGUGCUUAUAGUGGUCCUUUAAGUGUAGAAAUUUUUAUAUAGAAAUGAGGAUUCUAUGUUACUAUCAAUAGACGUAUUGUGCAGCAAAAUAAACUGUAAGUGAAGCACCUGUUGCCUAUAACUCCUGUGAGAAUGUUUCCCUCUGUGGUUAUAGAGGGUGCCACAAUGCACAUAAGUACUUGCAGAAAAUGGUUUCAAUAUAAGCAGGCUAGUUUUAUCUUCCCUCACGGAUGGUUCUAUUUUACAGGACAGUUAUUGUAAUCCACUCUGUUCUAAAUAAUGCAGGGUGCACAAGUGAUUUAAGAGUUGUUAUAACACAGAUUGUCACAUUAAAAUUAAAAAUUUGAAUGGAAUAAAAAAAUAGAAUGUAAAGAGGGAAUAAAAUAGAUAAUAAUAAUGAAAAGAAGUCAUAUGGCGAACCAGGAAUUUACAGUUGGAAAUAAAACACUGCAAUUCACAUGACAUGAGAAAUUUCCACAAAUGCAAAUCAACAGCUUCUGUCUCAUACUGUCUUUCCAUUUACAACAGGAUUCAACUCAAAGGAUACACGGGGACAGCGGGCAAAAUAAAUAGCAUAAGCCAACCAGGAAAUGAUUUUAGUACAAAGGAUGCAGACAAUGACAAGUGCAUUUGCAAAUGCUCACAAAUGGCAACAGGAGGUAGGAACUGUUUUCUAUCAUAAUUUUCCUAUUUUUACUGGCACCUGUAUGCAGUCUUAUUAAUUUAACCUUUUCCAUUGCUAACCAUGAGGCAUACCUAAUAUUUAGUCCCAGAAUAUGAGCAUAUUUCUCUUGAUUCCGACAUGAUAACUAGUAACAUUUACUUGAUGAUGGUUUAUAUUUAAUAUAAUAGACAGUGCUUCUUAAAGUAAGGACUUUGCCAUGUUCAAUGUUUAUCAUGUCAAAAUAGAUAGUAAUUUCAGAUUUCGCAUUCUCAACAGGUAGAACCAUUGGGGAGCUUUAAGGAGAUACAGUCAUCAGUUUUGGUACAUUUUCCUCUUACCUCACCUGCCAAUGAAGAGUUUACUAGGGCGGGAGUGUAAUUAAAAAAAUAUUCACAGAACUAUGAAAAUGUUUCAUUUUGAAGUUUCUGCAAAUUCUAAUCAUAAAAUGUAAUAAUAUAUUAUAAUAUUUAAUCAUACACUGAUCAGCCACAACAUUAAAACCACCUGCCCAAUAUAAUGUAGGUCCCGUUUGUGCAGCCAAAACAGCUAUGAUGUGUCGAUAUGGGCUUCAUAAGACCUCUGAAUAUGUCCUGUGUUCACAUUAAACACAGGACAUGUUCACCUUGAACUCUUUGUCAUGUACCUCAAACCAUUCCUGAACAAUUUUUGCAGUGUGUCAAGGUGCAUUAUCCCGCUGAAAGAGGCCACUGCCAUCAGGGAUCACCCCUGUCAUGAAGGGGUGUACGUGGUCUGCAACAAUCUCUAAAUACGUGUCAAACUAAGAACACGCACCCAGCCAUUCAUCUUAUCUAAUAGAAAAUGUGAUUCAUCAGAUCAUGCAACCUUCUUCCAUUGCUCCAUGGUCCAGUUCUGAUGCUCACGUCCCCAUUGAAGUUGCUAAUGGCCGUGAUCAGUGAUCAUUAUGGGCAGUCUGACCGGUCCGAGGCAACGCAGCAAACCGGGAUGCACUGUGUGUUCUGACAUCUUUCUAUCAUGGCAAGAAUUAUAUUUUUCAGCAAUUUGAGCUACAGUAGCUCUUCUGUGUGAUCAGAGAAGACAGGCUAGCCUUUACUACCCAUGUGCAUGAAUGAGUCCGAGGCUUGCAAGACUCUGAUGGCAGUUCACUGGUUGUCCUUUCUAGCACCACGUUUGGUAGGUACUAUCGGCUGAAUACUGGGAAAAAUCCACGAGACGUGCCAUUUUGGAGAUGCUAUGAACCAGUCUUCUAGCCAUCACUAAUUGGCCCUUGUGAAAGUCACUCAGAUCUUUUAGCUUGUCCAUUUUCCCUGCUUCCAACACAUGAAAUACAAGAAUUGACUGUUCACUUCUGCCGAAUAUAUCUUACUUUACCGGUCAGUAGUUUUAAUGUUGUAGCUGAUCUAUAUAUAUAUAUCAGCCACAACAUUAAAAACCACUGACAGGUGAAGUGAGAUAUACCGUAUGUUUGCUCAUAUUUAGCAAUGGUACCAAUUUUAGUACAGGACACAGUCUCCUUAUAAAAAUGGAUGAGCAGUGUGUGUGUGUAUUAUGCUGUACUGCUCAUCCAUUUUUUAAAAAAUGUUUUGAAGGCUACAACAAAUCGGCAGAUUCUUGUUAAGUAAUAGUGUAAUAAUUAUCAGGCUAACCAUGUGGAUAUAAAACACAUUUGAUGCAUUUUGCAGCAAAUACAUGGAUAAUGAUUACAUUCUUCUCAUAAUUAGUGAAAACAUUUUCAUUUUCUUUGAUUACAGGCUGGUGGUUUGAUGCCUGUGGUCCGUCCAACCUGAAUGGGAUGUACUAUUCAUUGGGUCAGAACACAAACAAAUUUAAUGGAAUCAAAUGGUACUACUGGAAAGGCUCGGGCUACUCUCUAAAGGCAACAACAAUGAUGAUUCGACCUGCUGACUUUUAAGCAACAUUUUACAACAGGAUGUUGCUUUGUAUUGUACAUUAAGCAAAGACAGUUCGCCAAAACCUUAUGGAAAUGUCACAGCUGCAAUCUUGUGUUUUAAGCUCCUGGUGGACACUGUGCACCAAUACAGUGGAUUAAAUUGUAUUAAUGACAAAGUCUCCAGAGAUACUUUGGGUUAAAUAACGUAAUUACAAGAAUGAAUAAAAACACUAUUUAGUGUUUUCAAACCAGUCAACUGCAGUAUUUUAUUCAAUCGCCUCUGACUGGCAUGUAAAUAACUGGAACUGUAAACUAAACACAGAACAACUUGUGCAGAAUUUAACAUGCAGUCUUUAGGGCAGCCUACCUGCAAACCACUUUGUAUUAUGUUUUGUAUUAUGUGGUGUACAUACAAUUGUAAAUUAACUGUAUACUGUAUUUUUUUCUGCUGUGUUACACACACAAUUUAGAGGGUGCCAAAUUAUAUCCUUUAACUGUUUUUUUAUCGUUCUCUAUGACACUAUAUCAUCUAAUGAAGAAAACCGCAUAUUACACCAGCUAUUUCUCGAACCACUUAUUAUUGCCUACAGGAGCAAUGUUUGCUGCACAUCUGUUAGAUGCUCAAGCGUUUCAGAUUAGCGUAUGUGGUUGUUUUAAGGCUAAAUGGAAACAUUUAGGAUUUUCAUUUUUUUUAAUUUUUUUUUUUUUUACACAUUGUCUUGGACUUCAACGUUUUAAGAUUUAAAUUUUUUUUUAUUUUUUUUUUAAACCAAACAACAUCUUUCAAUUCUUAAGACUGCACUUUUUUUCUACAGUAGCUGGUCUAUGCAUGACAAUAAUAAUGCAACUGAUUAAAUGUUGCAAUACACCAAAGAACUUGAAUUAUGUUUAAAUGUGUGCAAAUUUUAAAUAUAGAAUGUUUUUCUAGACAUGGUAUGUUUUUUGUAUUAAUGCUUUAUGGGCACCAGAUUGAGAUUCAUAUUUUAUACAGUAAAAAUCUAAAAGAAAAA